GGGGGAAACAGGAGAGGAUGGCGCAUGCGCGGUGCCGUGGCUGCUGCUCCUGCUGCUUCUCGGGCUCCUCUUCCGGCCUCCCCAGCCCCUGAGUAGGUUGAGGCACCGGGAGCCCCUCUCUGCUCAGGCCAAGUAGGGCUGACCUUUGACCCCGGAAGUGAACUGGACUUUGACUCCCUUUUAUAUUUUUUGGAGAGGGGGGCGGCCGUUCUCCGGCUUAAUUUUGCUCUAUACUUACCCAAGGGGCCCCCUAGCAAUUUCGGGGCUGUCUCUUCCCGCCUGGGCCAGCACCCCCAGUUAGCACCCCCAGGGGCCACUUCCGGUGCAGGCUGGCUUGGUUUUGGGGUUCCCUCCGUCACUAGUUAGUGUUUUGGAGCAGCUUGUGCCAUAUCGAGCGUGGUCCCACUUUGCCGUCGUCCUCCCUCCUCCUCCCAUUCCAGAGGCGCAGGAAUCCCACUGCAGCCCUUGGGAAGAUCCACCAAGGUGCCCUGGCAGAGCCCCAUCUUUUGAAGCCAAGAUGGCAUGAGUCUCCAUAGUGAGCCUCCAUAGUGGAGAUAGUGGAGAAAGAAGCUUCUCCACAGGGGAGGUUGGGGAGAGGAGGGGAUGGUUGCCCAGAGCGGGAGGGGGGGAUAGUGGUGUGGUGAACUUGCCCUGCUGAAUGGGGCGCAUGGACCUUUGGUGAAUUGCCCCCCCUCUCCCCACCCCGCUGCUGUAGGAAAGGGUUUGUAGAGAGAGCUGAAGUAAGACCCAAAAGUGGGGAGGAGAGGGUUCUGGAUUCCCCAGGCCUUGUGGAUCAUGGGCCUCAAGCUGCCUUGAUGAAGGAAUCUGUGAGUGCCAGCUGGGCAGUGGUGUUCCCUGAGGAGGAGGAGGAAGAAGAAGAGGAAGAGGCGGCCCCACCGUGGACAUGGGGUCGCAGGUCCUGCAGAUCCUACGCCAGGGCGUCUGGGCUUCACUGACCGGUGGCUGGUUCUUUGACCCGCACCAGAGCACCUUCUCCAACUGCUUCCACCUCUAUACUUGGAUCUUCCUGCUCAUCUUCCCUUUCCUGCUGUACAUGGUGAGUCUGGGUCUCAUUAGGCUGCGGGGGGGGGGGGUUUGGUAUACUGGUGUUAAUGUCUGUAGCACUUUUCAAGGUACAAAGGGCUGUAUAGCAGGAGCCUUCCUCCUUGCUACUGCUUAUACCUGGAGAAGCUUUCCCUCCUUAUUUAUUCACUCAUUUCUUUGUCGUCUUUCAAGGCACAAAGGUACUGUAUAGACAAGAACGUUAGAAACUCUUGAAAUUUCAGCUUCUUGCAUCAAUUAAUCCCAGUGGCGGCUCUCCGUUUACUGUCAUAGCCUGAAUCUUUUAGUUAAGAUAGUGUUGUCUUUGCAAAGUGAGAAGCUUAUAAACAGAGAAAGGAAUAAUUACUGAUUGAAUUUCAAUAUGGGUGGAUGGACAAGUGGCUUGGAAUGCCUUGAAUUUCAGGUCCAAGAUGGAAGAGUCCAAUGCCUGUCUGAUUGUCUAAUGUGACUUAACUAAAAACAUGGAGUGGAAUAUCUCUUCCCACCCCCCACCAGCCUUUUCUCUUUUUGGACCAGCUUCUAGCUCUCAUGGCUUCCAAGCAAUGCCAUCCUGGUGCUUGUUUGAGGAAAUCUGGGAUCUUGUCUCUUGUCAGAAAUCAUCCAGGGAAGAAAUUUAGCUGUUAGCUCUCACAAAAGUCAUCUAUUCCUGCAGGAUCUGUGCUGCAGGAUUCAACUACAGCCUACCUUGAGGGAUGGCUGUCCAGCUUCUGCUUAAAUACCACUAGCAAAGGAGAACUCACUGCCUCCUGAAGUAGUCAGUUUCACUGUCAACCAACUCUUACUGUUAGGAAGUUGUUUCUAAUGUUUAUCCAUAUGCUUCCCUGCAGUAACUACCCAUUUGUUUAAGUCCUCAACGCUGGAGCACCAGGGGUCAAGCCUGCUCCAUGUUCUUCUGCAUGACAGCUCUUCAGAUAUUUGAAAAAUGCUGUCAUCUCUCCCCCCUCCCCCCCAUUAAUUUUCUCUUCUGCAAGCCAAACAUAUACAGUUUUCUCAAUAGUUCCACAUUGAACUUCAUUUACAAAUCCCUUGCCGACCCAGUUGCAAACGUUCAAACCAAAAGCCAGAGUCUAGUCCUGGCAGUUUUAGCAGAUAAGUAAUAUUGCUGUAUGGGACGCGGGUGGCGCUGUGGGUUAAAUCACAGAGCCUAGGACUUGCUGAUCAGAAGGUCAGCAGUUCGAAUCCCCGUGACGGGGUGAGCUCCCGUUGCUCGGUCCCUGCUCCUGCCAACCUAGCAGUUCGAAAGCACAUCAAAGUGCAAGUAGAUAAAUAGGUACCACUCCGGUGGGAAGGUAAACGGCGUUUCCGUUUGCUGCUCUGGUUUGCCAGAAGUGGCUUUGUCAUGCUGGCUUUAUGACCCGGAAGCUGUAUGCCGGCUCCCUUGGCCAAUAAAGCGAGAUGAGCGCUGCAACCCCAAAGUCGGUCACGACUGGACCUAAUGGUCAGGGAUCCCUUUACCUUUACCUUUUAAUAUUGCUGUGUAAUGAGCAGAGACUCUGAGGACCAAAACUAGCUUUGGGGGGUGGGUAGCUUUGGGGGAUGCACUACAGAAUACUCCCGGUUCUGGCAAAAAUCUUUCCCACCGUUAUGCACUUUGGGAGGGGAGUUGCCAUUGGCAAAAUAGCAAGUGUGUGUGUUUGUGUGUUAAUGGAGCUUAUCACAUAAGAAGAACCCUGCUGGAUCAGACUUGCAUCUUGUUUACCAAAGUGACCCCCAACCAUUCCAUCAGGAACCAGCAGAGGGAGCCAGUGUUAGAAACUGAGAUAGGAAAGCUAGGAGGUAAAUGGCACCUUAAACCUAGGUUAUGGGUGCAACAACAGAAAGUCUAGGUGCACUUUUUUAUAACCAGAAUACAAAGCUGAAAAUGAACAAAUUGCAGCUAAAAUAUUAUGUUUAUUUUUCACAUGGUCUAGUCCUUCCCGUGCCCACCCCCCUAGUAUUCUUAAGAGGGUCUCUUCUGCAGUCUUCAGAGUAGCUGGAAGCGGGGAGGCAGAAAAAGGUCCUCCUUUCCUUCCACUCUGCAGUUUUAAUCUGAAAUUGUAGGUGCAGUACUGCGCCCAGAGCUCAGAAACUGCUCGCACUAAUGAAAUUCUCUGUUGCAAAAUGCGCCUAGAACAAUGGGAGUUUCGAACACUGGAGGGAGCAACAGGACUAGGGCCUAAUCCAGCCCUUCCUGAACUGCUUCCAUUCUAGCCGGUCAUUAUUUGUUUAUUUAUUACAUUUGCAUCCUACCUUUCCUCCAGAGAGCACAACUUUAUGCUGUGUUCUGUUUGAUACUGGUUGCUUUGAUACUAUUUUUAAUACAUUUUUUGGCAUGGGUUGAUUUUAUGUUUGUGCUUUGCUGAUUCCUCAAUUUUGCAAACACCCAGAAGACUUUGUUGAUGAGUGAUGUAAACCAGUGUUAGAAACUCAGGUAUAUAAGCUAAUUGCCAAAUGUCACCUUAAACCUGGGUUACGGUUGCCAAAAUGGAAUGCCUAGCCACCUUUUUUUUUACAGUGACAUUUAUUAUUAUUAUUAUUAUUAUUAUUAUUAUUAUUACUAUUAAAUUCAUUUCUAUAUUUUAAAGAAAAAAAUCUCAAAGCAGUUUACAACACAUUAAAACCUUAAAUAAAACAAUCCAAAUUAAAACAAACUCAAGCUUCAAGGAAAACAUUUCAGAUACAGUACUUCUAUAAGUGCAUUUUGCUUUUCCCAUAUUUAUUUACUGACUUAAUCCCAGGUAGGGGAUACCUUGUGACCAACAGUUGACAAUACAAUAUAAAGGUUAUGAGAAUGUAGAAAAUAAGGCAAGGAACUAGUGUUUACGCAGCUAUGCAAGAUGUAUAAAGAACUGCCAUGGAAUGCUGGGUGGGAAGUCUAAAAGAUCUAUUGUAUAAAAAUGGAAAAUGAUGUAAUUGUAAAAUUGAAAACUUAACAUGUGUAUAUAUAGAGAGAACAUAUAUAUAGAGAGAGCUGCCCCAUAGCAGAAGACCUCUAGGAAGCUAGUGUGGUGAAGUGGUUAGUGUGUUGGACUAGGACCUGGGAGAUCAGGGUUCAAAUCCCCACUUAGUCAUGAAGCUCACCGGACGACCUUGGGCCAGUCACAGCCUCUUAACCUACCUCACAGGGUUGUUGUAAGGAUUAACUGAGGAGUGGGGAGUGAACCAUGGACUCCUUGGAGUAAAAGGUGGGACAUAAACGCAGUGAAUAAGCUCUUCUGCUUGCCUGCUUACGAAAGCUGGAAGGGCCAGCCAGAUGGAGAGGUCAGUUGCUAACCUGGCAUCCAGAGAUCUCUACAUGAUUGUAGCUGGACCUGCACCAGUUGCAAAAUGCACCUGGCAAAUUUUGAUCACUGGUAUAAGCACACUGUAAGUAAAUAAAUAAAUAAAUAAUAAAGAAACCCCAAGCCCUGGGAAUUUAGUUAUUGUGUCAGCCACAGUCUCGCCUUGCUGCUUGCAGUUGCUCCUUGCCAAGCAUGUGAGAAUCAUAAUGGGAAGAUGCUGUGUGAAACUGGAGCUGGACAGCUGGUGCGGAGGAAGGGAGAGCGGGUCCUAGUGGCAUGGGUAUCUGUACAUGGCUAGUGCUGCCUGGUGCCCAACAACUUUGACUCCCCUGCCCCAAAUCUCUGCAGAAGGCUGAAUCCUGAAGGAUUGUUCGUGUUGCUUAGGGGAAGCUUGAAAUGCCUUCUCCCAGCAAUGGUUUCACUACAGGUCUGGAAAGUCAAUGCUACUUCUGAACCUGCUUUGUCAGUGUUAAUUUCUUGUCAAUUUUCAGGUAACAACCCUGGAGAGCUGCUGCCAGUCAGUGUAGACAGUUCUAGUUGGACAGUGGUCUGACUUGGUAUAGGGCAAUUUUCUAUGUGCCUAUACAGAGUUAUGGGGAAUGGCUGUAAAUGAGUGGUAGAACAUCUGCUUUGCAUGCAGAAGGAUGGUCCCAGAUUCAGUUCCCAGCACCUUGAAGUAGGACUCAAUUGGGUAUAGGCCCAUUCUGUGCAGUUGGGAAUGGAGGGAAAUCAGGGGUUCUGGGAUACGGCUGUCAGAACAUCACUUAAUAAUGGCCAGGUUUCUCUGAGUCACCACUGCAAAGUGUCUUUGGGGUGAGAUAUGAUGGGGUUGCUCAGGUGUGGGAAUUUCAGUGGCCUAAUCAAGAGUGCCGCAGAUGAUGCAUUCCUGUAGAUUCUUUCCAGCUUUGGGACUAAAAUAGGCUUGUUAGCAAAGCAUCACUGCUGAAAGCAAAUUGCUCACCAGUGUCCUGUUUGGAUUUUGCCGCUGCAAGUCUGCAAAGCAAAAUCCUCAGUCUGAAUAAUGCUCAGAAGACUCUCUGUAAUAAACUGGGAAUCUAGGUAUCUGGCAACCCUGUCUGAUGGGCAGGGUAUAAGCAAAAAGUUGUUAUUACUAUGAUUACUAUUAUUACUGUGUUGUUGUCAUCAACUCUGACUGGCAGUGGCUGUCCUGUUCUUAGGCAGAAAAGAGUGCUUCCUGUAUACUUUGAACUGGAGAUGCUGGAAAUUGAAAAUGAGGCCCUCUUGGUAUAAAGUAUAUGCUCCUCCACUGAACUGUGAUACCUCUUUCUGGACCGUUAACCUUAGAGCUCUCUCUCGGCAUCUGGUGAGGGAAUUGAGCAUCCUGAUGUUCUCAGCGUUCUUUUGAAAAAGAUGAUGAGUUUCUUUCUGCAGAUGAUGAGUUUCUUUCUUCAGUCAGGCUCAGUGGAGCUCUUUAGUUAAACAUAGCUCUUUUCACCAGGUGUAGGAGUUAAACGUAAACAUUAAAACAUUCACUCAUGGUGUCUGCACCAGCUUGAAGUUAUAACACUGCCUUCUACAUUCUCACAGUUAAAAAAAUGUUUUGCUUCAAAUAUCUGCACCUGAAAAAGAGUUCUGUGUAGCUCAGAAGCUCACUUCUGUCAUUCUGAAAGUGAAUUGGUUCCAAAGAAGUACUGUGCCAUUUGAACUGUGUUUGUUCGAAAGUUAUAAAGGCAUGGAUAUUCAGGUGUGCUUCUGAAUCUGUUUCUGUUGUGCAAAGAACAGGUGCCAUGUGUAUGUGUGUGUGCGCGCUUGCGCUUUAUGCAACCUAUGCUGGGCAUUGGGCUGCCACCAGAUUGGGCUGCUGCAAUGCACUUCCUGUGGGGCUGCCUUUGAAAAUAUACUGGAAGUUGCAGCUGGUGUAAAAUGCUGCUGCCUGGAAAAGACAGGCUAGAAAAUCUGAAUACAUAGCUCCGAUUUUUGUUUUUUUUUAUAAGAUAUUUAUUGAAAUUUUCAAAAUGUUACAAAAUAAAAAUAAUUAAAAAAAAGAAAGUACAGAAUAAAAAUGGUUAACAAAGUAGAAAAAGAGAAAAACAAACCCCUUCCAACAAUACGAAUACAAAUUCAAAAAUAAGAAAAAGAAACAGAAAAAAACAAAAAUACACCACAAACAUUUAAGGACAUUUAAAAACAAAUUCAUUAUUCUCAAAUCCUCAACUGUCAUUACCUUCUUUCUUUGACCUCCUCCUCCUCCUCCCUUUCUUUGUAUCCUAGUUAUUAAUUAUCCCAUCAAAUCCUUUCCAUAUUUCAUAAUAUUCUGUCCUUACAUUACCUUAAACUGUUUUAAUCUUAUCUUUCUAUAAAAAAAUAAACCUUAAAACUUAAAUCUUAUCCUUACCAACUUCUCAUAACCAUAAUAUUCUUUCAUAAUUCUUUAAACAUCUUUACUAAAGCCAAGUAAUUUCAUUCCAACAUUUUUCUGACAUUCAUCAAUUUUAUAAAACAGUCCUAAUGGUAAAAGAAGAAAUACAAACAGAUCCAAUCUUCAUCCAGCGUCCCUUCCUCCUGGUUCCGGGUUUUGUCAGUCCUUAUUAUCCCAUCGAUCUAGCCCGUUAACCUGGCAACCUUAUAUCCGAGGUCCUCAAGUCUCUUCCAUGUCCCUUCCGCCGCUCUUCUUCAUAUUUGUAACUGUAUUUUCCCUUGUCUCCUGCUCGUGGUAACUCCAGCUUGGCAAUAUUUUUGUCCCUUCUCGACAGAUCAGCCCCUUUUCCAUAUUCAGCACUAAAUUCCAUAUGGUAUUUAAAAGCAUGUUUCAAAAACCCUCCAAAAUUAAGAGCCCCCACAAUCCCAAACAUCUCACGGCCCAUUGCCAGAUUUGAAAAGUCCAAACAUCCCAGCAUAGGGGGAUCAAUCCAGCCCCCCAUUUCCAAGCCAAACCAAACUUUUUCUUUCCAAAUCUGGCUUUUUCCAAGUUCAUUUGUCAAAUCCGAAGCUCAUAUUCCUGUUGGGCCUGUUCUGUCAGGACACACUCCUGAUUUAAUUCCUGGGUGGGCUCCACAUAUUUUCCCACUGUCUGUUCAAAAUUUCCCACUGCCUGUUCAAAAUUUCUAGUCGAAGUCGCCAUCAAAUUCAUCUUCUCAUGUAACUGUUCCAGUAGAGCAUUUGUUUUAUAGAAAGCACACAACAGAGCUUCUGAAUACAUUGUCCUGCAAGGUCAAAUAUCUGUUCCCACGAUUGUAAUCUGUAACAGCUGCCGGCUCCCUGGAAUUGGUUACAGUUUCACAGUCUCCCUCUAGGGGGAAAACUUCUAUUUGUUCUUGCAACAAAGUUUCCCUUUUUGAGAUAUUUUGUCGAUAUUUGUUCCUUUAAAAUGCGAAGGGAAACAGUGGAAUCACUAUUUUUCUCUUCUUUUAGCUAUCUGUCAAAAGUGUUUGUCUCUGGUCAAUGAGCUUCAAACAUCAGUCCUGACACCCUGCUCCAGGAUCAGGACGGAGGAAAGUUGCUUUACUUUAAACUCACUUUAAACAGUCCGAAAAAGAUCCCCCUUCUUCUCCUGCUGUCGAAGGGGGGUUCCACAAUUUUAAAUGAUGAAAUCCAAUCCUUUAAAGGCGAUUUUCUGAGCUCUAGUUUACGUUGUCUUUGCUUUAUUCUGUCUACAAAAGAACGGAAGGCUGACUUCCUGUUUAGACCUUCCCGUUCAGUACCAAAUUGAAAUAAAUUUUUAAAAUCCAAUUCCUUUCUGCUCGCAAGUCCUUAUUUAAGGUCCAGUUGUUCAAAGUUUAAGUACUCACGGGUGCUUAUUUUAGAGUCCAAAUUGUCCCAGGAAAAAGGCAGCGCUCUCCGGCAACGGCUGUGCGGCUUCGCUCCACGGAAAUAGCAGUUGACUCACAGCACCGCGCCACUUCCCCCUCUUCACUUCGGAGCCCAUUAAUGGGUUCCUUUGCGAGUUGGGGGCGCUAAAGGUGCCCGCCGAGUCCCAUGGUCACAGGCUUCAUCCGCCUGUGAUUUUUAAAAGGGUCCCCGCUUCGCCGUAGCGGAGAAGACCCGUUUCACGUGGAGCUAGUCCCUCCAGUUCAGAGGGAGUCCGCCAUUGCCGAUGGCGCCACCCUGGAAGUCCCAUAGCUCCGAUUUUUGUGCCAAUUCCAUUGGCUGCCAAUAAGUUUCUGGGCUCAAUUCAAAGUGCUUGUCUUAACCUUCCAGACCCUAAAUGGCUUGGGACUGGAUACUAUUGUGUUUGUGCACUAAAUAUCUGAUUCAAAGAUCUUUCUUGAAUGAUUGCUCUUCAGAUCAACUAAGCUGGUGUGCACAGGAGAUGGGACCUUCUCGGUGGUAGCCCCAAAACUCUGGAAUUCCCUUCCAGUUGGAUCAUGCCUUUCCCUUUCGUUACAAUAAUGUAGACCUUUUUCCUUCCAGCUACCUUUAAUACAUGCACUAAAAAGCUGCGCAUUUCAGAACAGUGCACUCAAAGUGGUUUGUUGAUUUCUUUAACGUGGAUGCUAAUGCCUGCGGUAUCUUUAUCUACUCCUUUUUAUGCACAGCCAUCUUAUUCCCUGGCAGGUGAUGCCUCCCAGUAUCGUGGUGGCAGGUGUCUACUGCGCGGUGGUUGCCACCUUCUUCACCACAGUCAAGACCAUCAACUACCGCCUGCACACCAUGUUUGAUGAGGGUGAGAUUGUGGAGAAGAACUCUGCACUUGCGGAUGGUGCCAAGGCUGAAGAUGGCGCUGCAGCGGACGAGGGGAACUUGGCCAGGUGAGCAGGGAUGUGAGAGGGUACAUCUCAGCUUCUUGCGGUUGGGCGACUUGCCUUUGCCCUGCCUCUCUUCUUGUCCCCCUCGUACUGUACUCCAUUACUGGCCAGAUUAUUUUUUUUAUUCUUAUUUGAUGUGACUGUGUUGCUUAAAAACAUAAGGUGAGCCUUGCUAGAUCAAGCCAAAGGUCCAUCUAGUCCAGUGUUUUGUUUUCAAAGCAGACAGCUAAAUGCCACAAGAAGCCCAAAAGCGGGAUCCGAGUGUAGCAUCACUCUCCCCACCUGUGAUUCCCAGCAGCGAGUAUCCAGACGCAUAUUGCCUCUAUCAGCUGGGGACAGAAUUUAGCUUUGUGGUCUAAUGAAUCCCAUUUAGCAGCAUAGGAACUUAAGAAACUGCCCAAUACCAAGCCAGACCGUUGGUUCAACUAGGUCAGCGUUGUCUACAGUGUCUGGCAGUGGCUCUUGAGGGUUUCAGGCAGGAGACAUACCUGGAUACCCCGUUGAGGAUUGAACCUGGGAUCUUCGACGUACAAAGCAGAUGCUGUACUGCUGAGCUAUAGCCCCUCACCAAUCAGUAUUGUUUGUAAUUUUAAACUUGGCCCUGGCUCCAUUCCUCUCUCUCUCUCCUUGCAGAGACCCUGGCGGGGUGGAGAUGACAGUGUUUCGGAAAGUCAGCUCCACACCUCCGGUGAGAUGCAGUUCCCAACACUCUGUGUUUGGCUUCAACCAGGUCAUGGUAAGAGCGAGGAAGCUUCUCUAAGGGUUGGAAAAUUGGGUUCUGAGAGCACUGGUGGCGUUAUUGGGACCACAGUCAUCCCCUUUGGUGCGAGAAAGAAUCAAGGGGGUAGCACCGGACCUGGUACCGCAGAACGAGCUGCUGAGACAUGCCACCUUCCUUGGAAGCUUUUGGGGAUGGCAUAGGAUGCUGCUGGGAAGGUGUCUGGCAGAAUUGCACUGUCUGCUGUCUUCUCAUUCUGCGACUCUAGGAUUUAUUUGCAGAAUAUAGAAGGACAGAUGCCAGGCUCUGGAUUGUGCAUUGCAGAAUCUUGUAUGAGCUCAGCUGGAUCAGAUCAGUGGCCUAUCCUGCUUCCCCCAGCGGCCAGCCCUCUCCCACUUGUGACUAGCAUUCAGAGGCGUCAGGCUGCCUCUGACCCUGGAGGCAGAUUACAGCCAAUGGGACUAGUAGCCCUGGACAGCCUUGUUCUCAGUCUGUCGAAUUGCCUUUUGCAGGCCUCUAAACUAGUGGUCGACACUGCAUCUUCUGGGAAGUGGAUGCCAUCAUUUAGCUUACACGCUUUGUAAGGAUGUAUUCCCUUUGGUCUGCUUUUAAUAUCCCACCACUCAGCUUCCUUGGAUGACCCUGGGUUAUAGCAUUGUGAGAGAGGGGGUGACCUUGACCCUGUUAUCCCACAGUUGCUUCCCUUCCCUUCCCUCCCCCCCCACCCCCAAAGCCCCCAAUGUUGUAGCCUUUCCUUUAUCUUGUGUAUGUAAAAGAUGUAGCUGAGGUUAACUCAGCAUGCGCAGACUUAGGGACAUCCCAGUUUUCAGGUGGGUGGCCUGGCAGUUGCUGAUGCUGCCAUCCCACAAGGAAGGUGCAAACCUGCUCAGAAGCCCAGGACUCCCAGGGGUCACUCAUUCAAGUGGAAGCAGAAUAUGUGUAAUAAAAUGAAAAACGAGAACAGCAACAAUGAUAAGAGCAUCUGAGCCCAGUCCUUCAGCAGGGAGGCACUCAAAUGCUCUGGUUGAAAUUAAGUGCUGCACGGAGCAGUGGGGUAAGGGAUCGGGUGCUUGGCCCUCCAGGGGGUGGGCUGCACUUCAGCACAGGAUCAAGAGAUCCUUGCGUGAAGGGUGCCCCCACUUCCCUCCACCUGGACCUCAGACUUCGUCAAGAGAGUGUUAUGAACAUAGGAAACUGCCUUAUACUGAGUCAGAAUAUUGCCUACACUGGCUGGCAGCAGCUCUCCAGGGUUUCAGGCAGGAUUCUCUUCCACCCAUGCCUGGGGAUGCCAGGGAUUGAGCCUGGGAUUUUUUUGCGUGUGCUACACUCACACUGAGCUCUGGCUGUUCUGAAAGGCGUGGAGGUCCAGCCUUCAUUCUUGCCCUCCCUCAAUAAUCUUUCUGUGAAAUAGCAGUUUGAUCUUUCUCUUUGCCUUUUAGGACCUGCUGCCCCACUUGGAGGACGGGAGGCCUGUAAGAGGUGAGACUAAUUCCCUCUGCCGAUUCUGUCCAAAACAUGACACCAUGGCUUCAUUUCAGUUAUAAAUCGGGGGCAGGGGAGGGGUGGGAGAAAUCCACUCUGCACAAGGCGCCUUUGCAGCAGAUGGACUUGCAUCUGAUCCUCCCAGCACUACAAAACUGUGGGCACUCUGCCGUUUUCUGGCCGCUUUCUGAUGUAUGUGUUUCUGAAUAGGGGCAGAAAGUGGCCCUGAUGUUCUCACCUCCUGAGCUCGGCAGGAGGCGGUGGGUUUCUCCAGCCAUGUGCCUUGAAGCAGGGGCGGGGCAAUUUACAGCCUAGACAGGCUAGAUCUGGCCCUUGGCUUAAUUUCAUGUAAGGGGGGAGGAAUGGGGCUUCACUGCCUGUGACCAGUAUGCAGCCCCCAGCAGAUUAUGCCCAAGGGAACGUGGACCUUGGUAGAGAAGAGAUGCCCUCAUCUGCCUUAGAGCAAAGAGCCCUGGUUUUAUAGCUGAGGUUGGAGGCAUGUAUGAGGGGUGGUGAGAGGGUGGGUUGUCUGCGAUGGGGGAAAGUCUCUCAAGCUCCUGUCGCUUCAUCCUACAGACAUCAAAGAACUUGUCCGUGAGCAAGGCAGCAACAACGUCAUUGUCACGGCAGCUGACCGGGACAUGCUCCAGCACUGUUCCCCCGAGAACCGUGGUAGGUCCCUGGCUGUGGUGGGUGGGGCAAGAAGGAGGGAGGCCCUGGACAAGACGGGAAGAAGUAGUUUUAUAGACUUACAAAGCUGCCUUCUUCCAAGCUGGGCUGUUCGUCUGUCUAUCCCAGUGUUUCUGCUCUGACUGGCAGUGGGUUUCAAAGGAUCUCAACAGCCAUCUGGUCCAAUCCCUUAGGAUUACCACACCCCUGCAAGGUGGCCACCCAACCUUUGCUUAAAAUCCUCUAAUGCACCACCUUCUAAGGCAUAGCACUGUUCCACUGUUGCAUAGCUUGCACUGUCCAGAAAUUCUUCCUAAUGUUUUGUCAAAAUCCCCUUUCCUGUAACUUGGUUUGGGGCCUUCCCUCUGGAGCAACAGAAAACAUUUGCACCAUCAUCUGUGUGACAGUCCUUUUGAAUAUUUGGAGAUGGUUUACAUGUCGCUUCUCAAUCGCACCUACAUAUUCACAUCCAUCUGUUCCUCAUGAGACGUGGUCUCCAUCACCAUCUUUUUUGCUACCUUCCUCUGGCGUGUUCCAGUUUGUCAAGAUCUUUCCCAGCCCUGUCACUUGGGAGCCUUUUUUCAUAUAUAAUAUGUACAGCUCCCCACCCCCGGCAAAUGUUAUACAAAAAGAGAAGCAACUCGCCAUAGGCGACCAGAAAUUCUAUGCAGGCGAGUGAGUGGGCUGACGGAGGAGAGACAGUUCACUCCAUUCCUCUUCCGUGCUAAUCAUGGAGUCUCUUCCUCCAUGAUCAGCAUGGAAAUGCAGCAGCACAAGAGGGCCAGAGUGAUCCAUCCUCCCGCUGGCAGCUCACUUGGUAGAAGUCUUAGGCAACUUCCUAUAUUCCUAUUGCUGCUUCUCAAAAAGAGGAGUGUCUGUAAUCUUCCUGCUUGGAGAUUAAUGUGUGGAUUGCAGGCUUUUUCAGACACAUAGGAUUGUUCCUAAGAGUAGACCUAUUGAGUGCUGCCAUCAAUAGACAGUGAGCUGGAUAUCUCUUGUUCAGUACAAGGAACUUGUUGCCCUGCUGUUGGCAGCUGUGUGAGUGGAAAUAGCACUCCAUUGAGAGCACUUCAUGAGGAAACAAUUCGAGACUGUCUCAGAAAAGCUAGCUUGACGCGAUCUGGCCUGUAGCAGUGUCAAAAAGACUUGCUUCCCACGGUAGAGUGGUCCAAGGCACUUGGAAGCGGUACCAUUUUGAAUCAGUGCUGUUUCCGUUCUCAUGUUUUGUUAACAGAGAGUCAAAUCUCAAGCCCCCCAGUUACCCAAGUGACACUCUGGAGUGAUUUCACUCUUUUGCCUGAGAUUUUGGGCAGAAAAGUUGUGUUCCACUUUUAUUUAUAUUGUUGUGCUUAUUUAUUUUUGCUUCCUCUUAUCAUCAGUGUACAUACCAUCCACUGUACAUACCAUGUUUUGACUCUGCUUGGCCAUAGCGACUCAGAUAUCAUUGCUCCAGAUUCAUAUCUCUACCCGUCAUGCUCCCAUUUCAGGGGUAGAUCUACUGCGAAACUAAUGGAGCUUAAGUUUCAAGGCCCCUAAUCCCGGAGGACCACAGAAGUGAAUAGUUCACAUUGCUUAAAAAAGGGGGAGGGUUAAAUUUUCAUUCCCAGAGUUUGAGAGUCAGUAGCACAGAUGUUGUAAAGAUUGUGGUAAACAACCCCAUUGAAGAAGAUAACAGCAGUUACCUAGACUUCAUUGCUGGUUGCAAAGGACCCCCGAAGAUGUAGGCCCGCCACUGACCCAUUUUAUAUGCAUACAUCUUUGGGUGUGGUUAAGAUCCCAGCCAGCUAAUAAAUGUCCCUGUCUUGAGAUGUGCACUUGUGUGUAAUGCCCUCCUCCUCUCUGCCUCGCCCUCUCUACAGCCAGUGAUGUCACGAUGGUGUCUGCUGACGUGGAAGGUGCAAGCGGAAGCCUGCUGCCUCUUCCCAAGGCAGAGCCCCCUCCGGCUGGGAGGAAGCAGCCUCCCUCCCUCCCAGCGCAGACUUCCCUACAGAGCACAGAUUCCUCAGAGCAGUCUCCCCCUGCUGGGGCAGGGUCCCGGGCCCCUCCGCGCUGGACCGCCAGCGAGUCGGAGAGCGUGGGGGACACGCCGCUGAGCCCUCUAAUCAAGAGCAGCUUGAGCGAGGAGCUCAGCCAGAGCUUCCUGAGCCUGGCGUUGCCAGAGGCUGGGGGUCACGGCCGCCGCGAAAAGCGCUGCUCCGGAACAGACUACCAGCCCUUGGAACCCCGCCCAGAGCGGCCCCUCAAGGCCGGCUCUUCGGACAGCUGCUUCAGCGGCACCGACAAAGAGACCCCCAGCACUCUGAGCAGCUACCGCAGCGAGAAGACCAAUUCCACCCACUUGGACAGCCCCUCGCUCGGCCCCGGCCCCGGAGAAGGGGCACGGGGAGACGAGGGUGGCCCUGGCAUAUCCCCACCCCCCGACGGUGGCAGCGACACGGACGCCCUCUCCGACAGCGAGCUGCUGCGCUCCCCUGAGCUGGGCCUUCUCGGGGAGCUGAGCUUUGACACGCAGAACACCCUCAACUCCCUGGAGACGGUCAAAGGCGACGGCGAGCUGUGGGGGUGCCCCGAGCCGGAGCAGGUGGUCCGGCCGAAGGAGCUAGGCCUCAAGGGCCGCCGGCGCCUCUCCCGCAAGCACGGCAGCUCGUACCUGCCCAUGCGCACCCUCCUGGACAGUAAGGCUUACGCCGAGGGCUUUUUUGCCGACGAGGACUCGAGCGACUGCAGCGACCUGAGCCGGGCUUCCAGCUUGCACUCCCAGCACAACUACAGCACUGACACCUCCUCCAGCACUUCCUGCUACUCUCCCGAGCGCCACCCGCCCACUCAGCACGGCAAGCAGUGCCUCCUCGCUGCCGAGGCCAAGCCCCCACCCCCUCUGCCCCCCGAGGGCGCCACCCUCCCGCCCCAACAUUCCCAUUACGCCCAGCGCUCCGGGAGCACGGCCAGCGCCAAAACCCACGCCCGUGUCCUCAGCAUGGACGGGAGCCACAUGGAAGUGAAGCCGGCGGGCUGCCUCAUGGUCUCCAAGUCGGAUUUGGAGUCCCACGCGGGGAAGCUGACGGCGGAGCAGGAACUGGGCAGCGCCGUGCGGAGCCAGUCUGCCAACCAGCCCGGCUGGAGGGGGGAGCUGCAGGCCGAAGGGGCCGUCGGAGGAGGUGAGUCCCUGAGAUAUUCCAGGUGUGGCUUGACUGCCCAAGGGGAGAGCUCACAAUGUUGUUAGAAAAGUUGGACACCACUCCCAAUCUCUGUCCAGCCACGGCCAGAUUCCGGGGGGCUCUCGGCACUCAACCCAGGGUCUGUGUUCCUUAGAGAAGCAAGACACGGUGGAGGCUGUCAUCGCUUUAAGAUAUUUGGUUUAUUUGCAUAUACAGUGGUAUCUCGGGUUAUGUACUUAAUUCAUUCCGGAGGUCCGUUCUUAACCUGAAACUGUUCUUAACCUGAAGCACCACUUUAGCUAAUGGGGCCUCCCAUUGCUGCUGCGCGAUUUCUGUUCUCAUCCUGAAGCAAAGUUCUUAACCCGAGGUACUAUUUCUUGGUUAGCGGAGUCUGUAACCUGAAGCGUAUGUAACCCGAGGUACCACUGUAUCCAUCUUUAGUCUGCAUGGAGAGGAACUACAGAUCUUUCAGCCUGGUCAUCUCAAAGGGCUGGUUCCCCACAGCAGUGCAGCGCUGCUUUCCCUUAGUUCCCCAAGGCAUCUCUCCCAGCCUGCCUUCAGCCAAGAUCCUUCUGCCCUUUAUUUCAGCUAUUCCAAGGCUCAUGCCAAAGGCCCCCAAACACUUCCUGUGACAUCGCUCCCAGUUGCCCAGCUUUACAGGCAACUUGGGCAGGGAACACAUCGCGACCCUGGCCACCGCGAUGUUAUCGCCAGUUCAAAAUGCCUGAAACCACUAUCGCAACCUGAGCACCAUACCAGUUUCAGAUCAUUUGCCGAUAUAUUGCCCAGCCCUAGUGGGGAGCCGCCUGUCACCAGAAUCUGGAGGCAGCGGAGGGAGGGUGGGGGGACAACUACAGCAAAGGAUCGCCUGGGCUUUUCUCUUGCAGCUGCCACUGGAGAGGAAGGGCCCAAGCCUGACCGGUCCAGCAGCAUCAAGCGCAUGCAGGCCAUAAGGCGGCGGCAUAACGCAGGCAGCAACCCCACCCCACCGUCCUCAGUGAUGGGGUCCCCGCCCAGGUAAGCACUGCGGCACAUGCAUGCACUCUCCCCUUUUUCAGUUGGUGGAUUCUUUAUUAUUAUCUUGCCUCUUCUCACCCUCCUGCCUCUCCCUCCAGUUUACAGGACCUGCAGCGAGGCCGGGCCUCUUCGCACUCUCGUGCACUCACCCUCCCCUCCGCCCUGCAGUUCGCCAGCUCCCUCCUGCUGCCGCGAGGGGCCAUCCACGAAGCCUGCAACUUCGACGACACGUCUGAAGGUGCCGUGCACUACUUCUACGACGAGAGCGGUGAGUGAGGGGCGGGCGGGGGGAACACCGCAUGGGGAAAGGGGGGCAGAGCCGGAGGAGGUGCUUGAACAGGGGGCCUCUCCUGAGCCUCCCGUUGUUUUAUUCUGCAUUUUAAAUUAUUGGUGUUCGGGUUCAAAGGUUUGUGUUGUCAUACUUUGUAAGCCGCUCAGAAGCAGCCUUUGAAAACUGCUUAGAAGCGGCCGUGGCUUUUUUUGUGGCAGUUCCCUGUUUGGGGGGUGCUGUCAGGGAUUGGACUGAAGAAGAAUGGUGGGGGCGGCCCCCCCUCUCCUGAAUCUUCCCGAGAACUGGAGGACAGUAUAGAUUCAGAACAGUGGUUUGCAGAGGGGCAUAGUUCAGAGGCUGCAGAGGGCAGAAGCUGGGAAAUAAUUGGAAGAUGAACAGCGGGAAGAAGAACAAGCACCAGGGGAGAUACAGCUGACUGACUCAGUCCUUGGAAAGCAUUGCUGACCCCCCCCCCUCCCAGAACCAGGCGUGCAUUACGGGUAGUAGAGCAGAGAGCUCAGAGACAGAAAUCUCAGAUUAGCCGACGCAGGGGUGACAUAGAAUAGGUACAGCGUAGGGGGGUGGGACUGUACUUGGAGCAAUGCCAUCAUGGCAUAGAUACUACAUUUCUUUGUCUCUCUCUGUGAAUACUGAAUAAAUUACGUGGUAAGGCCUCUUCGUGUUUUCUACAUUUUUGGCUGCCACCGGGGGAGGGAUAGGAUUCCCUGAGCCUUGACAGAUGCCCUCCUUGGAGAGGUGCACCUGCGUUCCUCAUCAGGGACUUUCAGGAGGAAUUUGAAAUUGUUCCUGUUUACACCGAGACCACUGUUUUCAGACAGUUUUUACUGUAAUUUUUAAAGAAAAUUUUAAAUUAAUGGUAACUGUUUAUAGAAUGUUUUUUAGAAAUCUUUUGUUAUUGAUAUGUUUUCUACCCUGCAAUAAGAAAGGUGAAAUACUACUACUACUAUAAUUAUUAUUAUUAGUAGUAGUAUAAAAUUUAAAUAAUAAUAGUAAUUCAGGAGGGCAGGUCUUGCUUCGAGGUUGUUCACCAGUGUUUUGUGGACAGGACUAGGUUCCCUUCACCUCAGGAGGAUUUUAUUCAAUCAUGCCUUGGAUCCCGAAUGCCCUGGAACUCAGAUGUUUUGGCUCCUGAACACCGCAAAUCCGGAAGUGAGUGUCCCGGUUUGUGAAUGUUCUUUUGGAACCUGAACAUCCGACGGGGCUUAUGCGGCUUCUGAUUGGCUACAGGACCUUCCUGCAGCCAAUCAGAAGCUGUGAUUUGGUUUUCAAACGUUUUGGAAGUUGAAUGGACUUCCGGAAUGGAUUCCGUUCGACUUCCAAGGUACGACUGUAUGUAUUUAUUUCUUUGUGGUAUGUACAACUCACCCGUUGUCCAAAGGUCCCAGGUUGUGGUUACACAUAUCUUAUUGAAAACAAUAUACUGUAUCGGCUGAAACCGAAACACAGAGGCCAUCAUAAAAUCUCAGUAAGAACGACUGCACAGCAGUGAGAACCAGAAUAAAAACGCAUUCACCGGGUAAAGAGGUGCAUCUUCACCUGCCAACACGGUUGAAGCAUGACACACCUCAGAGGGGAAGUUGUUAUGAAGAUACGGAGCCACCACCAAGAAGGCCCUGCUCAUGCACAUUGCUGGGUGAUAGGAUUACAAGCAGGGCCUCCCCUGUAGAUCUUAAAUACAGUGGUGCCUCGCAAGACGAAAUUAAUCCAUUCCGCGAGUCUCUUCGUCUUGCGGUUUUUUCGUCUUGCGAAGCACGGCUAUUAGCGGCUUAGCGGCUAUUAACGGCUUAGCGGCUUAGCAGCUAUUAACAGCUUAGCGGCUUUAAGAAAAAGGAAACAAACUCGCAAGAACUCGCAAGACGUUUCGUCUUGCGAAGCAAGCCCAUAGGGAAAUUCGUCUUGCGGAACGACUCAAAAAACGGAAAACUCUUUCGUCUAGCGAGUUUUUCGUCUUGCGAGGCAUUCGUCUUGCGGGGCACCACUGUAUAAGGGCAGGAUGAUAAAGGAAGUGGUGUAUGCCAGAAUGUACCUUGGCUCCACUCCCUGAAUAAGUGGACGCCCUCAUUUCUCUCUGCAUUUGCAUGUAGAAGAUCCCAGCUUCAGUAUUCCUGUCCUUUCCCCCUUUCUCUCCAGGGGUCCGGCGUUCAUACACUUUCGGACUAGCCGGGGGCGGCUACGAGAAUCCUGUGGCACAGCAAGUCAGUGCAGAGCACGGAACCAACAGUGGCUGGUGAGGCCUCCUGUGUUCUAAACUUGAGCGGCUGAUGUUGCAUGCGGAUGUGGACUUUCUGGAAAGCUUUGAAAGUUGCCGGGGGAAAGAGAGAUUCUGGAAAAGUUUCCCAUGGCCCUAAAUUCAUGGCUAAGUUAGCAUAUUUAUAAUGAAGUAAUCACUUGUAAUAAACAUUAGUAUACAAAUAUCUUCUUCUCGUAAUAAUCAUUAGUAAACAAAUCUUUUCUUCAAAGAAAGAUACACUGCAAUCCUAUACCCACUUAACUGCAAGGAAGUCCCACUGAACUCAAUGAAGCUUACAUCUCAGUAGCCGUUUAUGAUUGCGCUUUUGGGUGGUUUGAACAUUGCUGUAUUCAAGGCUUUCCUGGAGCAUUUGAUUUUUGUUGAAAUACUUGUAAAUCUUUUAAAGAUGCGAUAGCUCAGUAGCAUAUAUUUCCCUCAUUCGACAUACCGUCAGGGUAAACCUGUUGAAAUCAAUAGACAUUAGGGGACACUCAAUCAUUAUCUAGAUCAGGGUUUCCCAAACAUGGAGCUGCAUAGAUAAAUGGCUGGACUCUGUAUCAAGCUGCCUCCUGUGUUCCUUGUCUAUUGGUUUUAGGCCAGGCAGGAGCCAUAGCUCAGUGGAAGGUGCAUCAUUUGCAUGCAGAAGGCCCCAGCCCCAAUUCCUGGUGGGGCCAGUUAGGACUGAAAGAGCUCCCUGGAGCCCUGAUGACAGUCAGUGCAAGACAGCACUGAGCUAGACCGACAAAUGGCCUGGCUCAGUUUCAGGCAUCUUCCUGCCUUCUUCCUAUGUUAGUGCGUCAGAUUGUGACUGGGGAGACCCAGGUUUGAAUCCUCCGCUCAGCCAUGAAACCCAGUGGGUGAUCUCAGUCCAGUCAACAGAUCUUAGCCUAACCUACUCAUGGGGUUGUUGUGAGGGUACAGUAGGUGAUGGCAAGACCCAGGGAGCUACUAGCAGGACUGUAAACAUAAUAAAUAAAUAGCUUGAAUUGGUAUCAUGCGUUGGUUAUCUGAAAGUAACUGAUGGUGAAAGUGUGGGGAAUCUGUGGCCCUUCAGAUGUUGCCGGACUCCAACUCCCAUCAGCCUCCAGCUAGCAUGGCCGGUGGUCAGGGUUGAUGGGACUUGUAGUCCAGCAACAUCUGGAGGCCUGCAGCUUCCCUAUUCCUGAUGUAAGCAAACUCCCACUUAUAGGACCUGUUGGUUGCCCUGGGAUGCAUGCCUCCCAUCAUCAGCCUCUCUCAGAUGAUCGCUGCUCCAUCACACUUCUCUGUUUGCUUUGGCAGGGACAGGCAUUCGCACUCCUCCAGCUUCAACUCUGCAGAGGUGCCGGAAGGGACGCCUGCCCUUACGCUGCUGCAGCCACGCCCCGUGGUUCUUCAGGGCAUGCAAGUGCGCCGGGUGCCACUGGAAAUCCCUGAGGUGAGGCCCUGGGACCCAUGUGGCAACACUGAAAUCGCUUGGGCUUCCUCGGAAAGAGCCCUGGUUGGGUUGCAUCACUUUGUAAUUUUGUAAGGCGCCUCAAAUUACAGACAGAAGAGGUAUCAGCUGGGUCUGUUUGCACUUUUAAGCUCUCCUCCUUGUUUGAGUGAUAAGACCUGCUUGACAUGCCAGCUCUGGAAGACUAGGGGUGCUUCCCUGGGAUCUUGCAGGAACACAGAUUGCCCUGCGAGAUCUCAUGAGAUCAUCUGAGAGCUGUUGCACACAGCAGGCCUUCCCCGCUAAGCAAGGCAGAGAGCUUAAAAGCUCUUUCUGUGCUGGGUAACUCCAAGGGAAUUGGACACAAAAGAGCUUUGCAUCUCUCUGCCUUGCUUGGAUGUAACUUGUGCAAUUUCAACCAACUGCCUUCAACCACAUGUGGUUGGAAUUGGGUGAAUUACAUGUGUGUAAAAUGCAGCCAUACUCUAUUUGAUCUUCCAAGUCCUAGUCCAACACUCUGACCACUGCACCACACUGGCUUCCUAGAGUACUACUGCUAUGGGGCAGCUCUAUAAGUUAAGUAGGUAAAUAAAUAUGGGGAAAGCAAAAUGUCACCUAGAGAAGGAUCUGAAAUAGUUUACUUGAAGUUUGUUUAAUUCUGGAUUGAUGUUUUGAUGUGUUGUAAACCGAUUUUUCUUCCUUUAAAAUACAAAGCGGUAUAGAACCGAAAUUAAUAAUAAUAAUAUACUCCCCCAGUUUAUUGCAAUUGUAAAAAACGGGCUUAGCAGAAUUCGAUUUUUCGGGGACAAAAACUGAAGGAGGCAGGGGCAGAGAGAUUGAAAAGUAAGAGAGAAUUGAGAAAGGGGGCAUUAUUUGUGGGUUCAGCUUUUAGUUUCUGGCCAGGAGGCGAAGUCUCUUUCCUUUUAAACGGUUUUGGGGGUAACGGGAUGGGUCCUGAGUGGAGUAGCAGAACCAACCCAGUUAAUUGGCUGUUUUCUGCAGUUCGACCUUCUGGACCAGGAAUCGCUGCACGAAUCCCAGGAGAACACGCUGAUGAUUGAGGACAAAUGCCACCCGCGCCAAUACUACAAGUUCUGGGUGCUGCCCGGACGCUGGAUGCGAGUGCGCUAUGACCGCCUGGCCUUGCUGGCUCUGCUGGACCGGUGAGUGACACAACCAGCUGCUUGUCUGGCCAGGAUCCAGGCAGUCCUGUCUCCCCAGUGAUGCCUCUUCCUGCGAAAGGUGCCUCUGGGCAUAUGCCAGCCAUAAAGGUGCAAGAUGAGGCUGGCAAAGUCUCGCAGGUAACUGCUGAAUGGACAACUGGCACCUCCUUGGUUACAGGCCGUCCAGAUCUUUGGGUUUCUGAAGCCUCUUUGGAAAGUUGUAGCCCAAAUGGUCGCAUCUGCCAGGCAGUCACAAGUUAACAGAUUUGCUCAUGAGCCCUUGGGUGGAUUUGGACAAUACUUUUGAGAAAAAUAGCAGAACCCUUCUGAAAACAAUCCCCCUGCCUGUUUCUGAUCUCCGCCCUGUCCCUAGAAUGCCGCUUAAGUGUGCUGAAAGGUGAAAAUUGGGCUUUCCGAUUCAACAUAAGGAAGCAGAUCUUAGUUACAUAUUUUUCUAAUGACCAGCUGAGAUGGAACAGUUCAAGGAGAAGUCCCUGCUGCCUCAGGAUGAUGGGAGCAGCCCCAGCCUUCCUUCUCUUCCCUCCUCUGCUGCCUAUUGCUGCCAGGUGGCAGUGGAUGGUCAGUGAUGCUCCGUUCUUCCUCCGCCCCUCCAGGAACCGGCGAGUGGCAGAGAACGUGUUUGUGGUGGUGCUGGUGAGCCUGGUAGCUUUCCUUGGAUACCUCCUCCUCCUCCAGGGCUUCUUCCGGGACAUUUGGGUGUUCCAGUUCUGCGUGGUCAUCGCCAGCUGCCAAUACUCUCUGCUGAAGGUGAGUCUGUGGAGCCCUGUCUGCGGCUGAGCAUGUAGCUUUUCCAUUCAAUGAGUGUGUUUUCAGUACUGCUCCCCUCCUCCCCUGGUUGUCCUGAGGGUGCAUUUUCUCUGCAAGGAGACCUGAUGUAUCUAACCUCCCACCCCCUUUCCUGUCAUCUUUUUUUUCAGAGUGUCCAACCUGAUGCUGCUUCGCCGAUGCAUGUGAGUAUCAAACUGCUGGAAAUUUGAGCAGGCUUAAGAGUGUGUGUGGGCGCACACAAGGAUAGCAGAUACGGCUUUGGUUGGUUAAGGAUGCUUCCCUUGGAUGCACUUUCGUGCAUGUUGUGUGGAAUCAGUUUAUUAGUGGGCCUCAUGCACCCGAGAGCUGGGAGCGGGAGGACAGGGCAGGAAGGACCAUCCGCCAGGGGGUGGGCAAUGGGGCAAUUGCUCUCAGCCAAGUGUGGGAACCUCUGGCCUGUGUUCCAUCCUUGUUCCACCAGGGUUUCCAGAUUGAGCCACAAGGUAGUUUUCUCCCUGAAACCAUGCCCACCGGUCAAUCAGCUGACGCCAUCUCAUUGGGUGGCUAAUGCCACCUGAUAGGCUGGGCAUUGGAAUGCACCUUUAAAGCCCUAAAUGGCUUUUUCCCUGUAUACCCUAAGGAGCAUCUCCAUCCCAGUCAUUCAGUCUGGACACUGAGGUCCAGCUCCAAGGGCCUUCUGGCAGUUCCCUCACUGCGGGAAGUGAGGUUGCAGGGAACCAGGCAAAGGGCCUGUGGAAUGCCCUCCCAUAAGAUCAAAGAGAGAAACAAUUACAUGACUUUCAGUAGACAUCUGAAGGCAGCCCUGUAUAGGGAAGAUGUAAGUAUUCGAUGCUUUAUUGUGGUUUUCUAAUUUGUUGGAAGCCACCCAGAGUGAUUGGGGCAACCCAGUCAGAUGGACAGCAUAUAAAUUUAUUAUUAUUAUUAUUAUUAUUAUUAUUAUUAUUAUUACUGGAGGGUUGACUCACCCACUGAUGGGGAAAGGGGUUCAGUGCUACCUGGCUCGGGUGCAUGAGAAACCUCCCCAUUUCUCACAUGAUCAAACCCUGCAGGAAGCUGAUGCGCAGGAAGGUCAGUCCUACCUUAUUUGGGCACAGGAGGUUCCCAAGUGCCCAACAGACAGGUGAUUUCUGGGCGCAAUGCCAGCCUCUUCACAAUGGAUUUUAACAGCCAGGUAGUGGCAUCGGGGGGGGGGAUACAGGGGUAGCACAGAAGAGGCAAAGUAUAUUUCUAGGUGGAUGAGUUGUAAGAUCUCUGAAAGAAAAAUGACAGCAUGUUUACUGACUGGAGGAGUCCAGCUUACCCCCCUCCUGGUGCCACCGAUGGAGACAUAUGACCUGGCAAUCAUCCAGCAUGCGAAUGAAGAAUGGGAGGGGCCUGAUAAGGAUCUGGCCUGUGGAUCCAGCCCCCUGCUCUCUGCUGCUCUUCCGCUGCGUUCAUGAAAGAUGGCCUUGGAAGGCAGACAUGAAGCAGUCCCUCCCCAGGGACCUCGCAGCCUUGUGCUAGUUGCUGUCCCUAAGAGGAAGCAUCCCUGGCCCCUGCUCUCAAGGGGGCUUUUCUGUUUUCCCUUCCUCCGGCAGGGCCACAACUGGAUCAUCGCCUACAGCCGCCCUGUUUACUUCUGCGUGGCGUGCCUCUUGAUUUGGUUUCUGGACCUCUGCGCCCACGCCGUGCCCCUCCCACCCGUCUCCUUCUACGACCUCACCCUCUUCUCCGCCGGCUUCUUCUACUGCGCCCGAGACGUGGCGAUCGGUGAGUGGCUGGUGGGGUGGCCCACGGCUGGCGAGAGAAUCCCCGGGAGGCUCAUGGGGUCAUUUGAAUGUCCGUGGCUUGAUUCCCUUUUUUCUUUUCUCACCCAGUUUUCACCCUCUGCUUCCCGGCCAUCUUCCUCUUCGGACUCCUCCCCCAAGUCAACACUUGCUUCAUGUACCUUCUGGAGCAAGUGGACAUGAACAUCUUCGGCGGAACAGGUGCAGAGAGAAGAGGGGAAGGGUGAAAGGGGAAGGGCUGGGGUGAGUGGGGCUGAGGGGGUCUCGGGGUUCUGCUGGAGGUACAGAGCACAUUCCUCCGUCCUCCCCGGUUCGCGUGAAAAAAGGGCGAUGCAUUGCUGAGCUGAGCAUCCGUAGUGGAGCUGGGUAUGGGCUGCAGCACUUCAAACUGUGGGUCCAAGGUGGGACCCCCAUAGUGCAGGCUGCAAAAGGGUUUCAGUCUUGUUUUAAACCUACCUGUUGCUUUUGUGCUUUUAACUGUUUAUAAUUAUUGUGUGUAAAUCGCUUUGAGACAGUGGUUUAGAAGGCAAUUGAUACAUUAAUUGUAAUAACGCAGUCAUACCGUGGAAGUCAAACGGAAUCCGUUCGACUUCCAAAACGUUCAAAAACCAAAUUGCGGCUUCUGAUUGGCUGCAGGAAGCUCCUGCAGCCAAUCAGAAGCUGCGAAAGCCACGUCGAACCUUUGAGUUCCAAAAGAAUGUUCUCAAACCGGAACACUCACUUCCGGGUCUGCGGCAUUCGGGAGCCAAAAUGUCCGAGUUCCAGGGUGUUCGGGAUCCAAGUGACAACUGUAAUAAUGAUAAUUUAUGGUGCUGCCUUCUCUUUCUCUCUCUCCCCACCCACAGCUGCCACCAGUCCCCUCACCGCCCUUGUUGCUCUCCUGCGCAGCCUCCUCGUGGCUGCCCUUCUGUACGGUUUCUGCCUCGGGGCCAUCAAGGUACCUGACCUUUGUGGGGAGCGAACGGGCCAAACUUGCCUUUGGGGAAUGGGCCGGGGCUGGGUGUUGGCAUUGAGCUCCAGGGCAGGUUCAGGUGGUUUGCUUUGUGGUCACACUGCAACCUUUUGGUCUCAAGCAACUGUGCCAUCAGAUCAGGUCUAGGUUGGGGGGGGGGGUCCGCUUUUGGCUGCCUGCUAGGGCUGUGUAUUGCUAGGCUGCCUGCUAGGGCUUUGGGUUUCAGGCGGGGGCUUUGAGGGUAUUGCAGUUUCUCUGAGCCUGAUUGGUUUAGUUUCUCUCCUCUUUGCUCUCUCUCCCAGACUCCGUGGGGUGACCAGCACGUGCCCGUCCUCUUCUCCGUCUUCUGUGGCCUCCUCAUGGCACUCUCGUAUCACCUGAGCCGCCAGAGCAGUGACCCAACUGUGCUCUGGUCUGUAUCCCAUGCGGGAUGGAUGGGGAGUGCAGCCUGCAGCAGCAGAGAGCGAGGAGGGAGUUGGGACUCCUGCGUGGCAGGGAGACAAUUGGGAGGGGGGAGAGCAGGGUUUGCAAUCAAUAGCUGCUGGGAGGUGGAAGGACGAGAAAGGGGAGGAUUGCUGGAGACAGUGGAGCAGAUUCCUAUGGGAGGUGGUGGACUCUCCUUUCUUGGAGGUUUCGAAGCAGAGGUUGGGUGGCCGUCUGUUAUGUGCGAUCUAGUUGAGAUUCCUGCGUUUGCAGGGGGUUGGACUAGAUGACCCUCGGGGUCCCCUUCCGACUCUACAGUUCUGUGAUUCUAUGACUCCCCCAGCCAGCUUGACGUGGGGAGAGGCAUGAGCCUGCUGGGGAUUUCCUAACCCUAGUUCUUUUCUUCCCUGUUUGUCUCCCCCGGACGGGACAGGUCUUUGAUACGAAGCAAGCUUUUCCCUGAAUUUGAAAACCGCAAUGUGGAGAGCCCCCCACUUGGAAUCAAGGAUCCGCUGCCUGAGAAACUACGCAGCUCCCUGGUGAGUAAGGAGGCUUGAGGAAUUUGUGGGUGGGUGUUGAAAAGCUCACUCAUCUGAGGCACAGCCCCCAAAUUCAUUUGCAAAUUGGGCAUAGUCUGCACUGAGCCAGGCAGCGGGAGGAGAGCUGCCUUUUUAAUUUUUAUUUUCUGUGCAACUUCCCAGGGAAGGGUAGCAUGCCAUCACCCCAAGGAGCAUUUCCAUACACAUUUUAAAGCGGCGGUGCUUCUUCGCUUCUCCAACCGGCUAUGAGCUGUGUAAAAUUUAAAAAGUAGGGCGAAUGGGGAAGUUGAAAUACAGCCUGCAAACCGCCUUUUAUGUGGAUUAAAUAAAAAAGACCUGCGCUUGCAAAGGGGCUAUCUCUUGGUCACGUGCAAAAUUGAAGUGGUUUGAGUUCAGGCUGCUCUGUCCAUCCUUGCUGGUGAGGGGGGUGGGGCAGCCUGGAAAAGAAAAAAGAAGGGGGUCUGCCCUAUGCAGUUUUAUGUCUUCACUGAUAAAUGGUGUCCUAGCAACGGGCCGUCCCAGAGUGGUCCAUCAGCAUAAAACAGGGCUGUCCAACAGGUUGACUGCUAUCUACUGUUAGAUUGACCAGACCGGUGUCCGUGGUAGAUCGCGGGAUCCUCCUCCGCCCCCCCAAUAAAAGCUCAACAACUUUGGUAGAUCACUGCCAUUUAUUUUAUAGUGGGAGUAUAUCUCAGUCUCUUGAAAGUUGGACAUGCCUGGCUUAAAAUAUCGGCAUAGUAGUGAUCAUCCAUAAGAGAAAGUUGUGAUGGGCUUUUUGAAGAAAAGGGAGCUCCCUGGAGGGUGUGGGGCUCAGGUGUCUGGGUCUCAGAUGCAAGCCAGCCGGUCACCUCUAAAGCAAAGGGCAAUGUGCACAGAGAAAGUCCCAGCUUCUCACUUCCUCUUCCUCCUCGCCCCAACGCAGCGGGAGAUCCUUCACUCAGACCUGGUCAUGUGCCUCGUCAUCGCUGUCCUGACAUUUGCCAUCAGCGCCAGCACCGUCUUCAUCGCUCUUGAGGUACCCGUGGGAAGAAAGUUGGUGGGUGUGGGAGACAGAGGCUCCAAAGGAGCUUGGGUGCUGCUUUGCGCAGGGAGUGUCAGCGGUUGCCAAGGAGGUGCCCAGCGCUCCAGAGCCAAAAACUUGAGAUCUGUGGGGUCCGGUGAUGUCACAGAUUUGCCGAUGUCUGUGGAUUGGACCCAGCAGCAGUAAUGGGGGUGGUGGGGGUGUUACCAGAAGGAAGGCAAUCGUAGAUUCAUAGAAUUGGAAGGGACCCUGGCAAUAAUAUAGCCCAACCGCCUGCAAUGCAGGAAUAUGCAACUGUCCCAUACAGGGAUUGAACCUGCAGCCUUGGUGUUAUCAGCACAGCACUCUAACCGACUGAGCUAUCCAGGGAGUAGCUGUGAAGGCCUAGAAAAAGAAUUGGGUUAGGAGAUUGGGUGACAAUCCCCCCCCACAGAAUUUUAAAGAGAAAAUUGAAAACCUCCUGUGAACCAUGUGUGAAGGGACCAUCAGGGUCAUCUAGAUUAAGAGUCUCAUGCUACAUUGACUAAGCUAUUUUCUGCCCAGCUUGUUGGCACCAGUGUCCCCCUGCUGCCCACCCCCCUGGCAGUCCAACAGUUCUUUGAGCCGCUCACUUAGAUAACCCUUGGCAGGUAGGCAUUACUUAGUCUAGUAAGCCCAUACACAUAGAAGAAAAACAGUGAGUGAGCUGGUGCUCUGGGCUAACAAGCUUAACAGCAACCCUUUAUGUGCCUGCAGUGUGCUUUAUUGCAUUGCCCGCCUCUUGUUCUGCCCUUCCCAGUCUGUUCUAGGUUACGUGCUCUACGCUUUGGCCGGCCUGGUGGGCUUCGUCACUCACUACCUGCUGCCCCAGCUGCGGAAGCAGCUGCCCUGGUUCUGCCUCUCGCAGCCGGUGCUGAAGCCGCGCGAGUACAGCCAGUUCGAAGUGCGCAGUAAGUACCCCGGGUACACGUACAUGGGCAGGCGUCUCUAAACAUGGUGUUCCUCUGAGCUCUUGAGCAGGGAGAGGCUGCCUUUGGAGGGCUCAUUGCUCUCAGCUCAGCCCUGGGAUGGUGCAGGCAUGGGAUGAUGCCUUUGUGCACCUGGACUUCUUAUGGCACAAAGCAGAGCUUCUAGGUAGGCUUGAGACGCAGCGCAGCAAGCCUUGAGCCCCCAGGGAAGCACUGUGGCUCAGUGGUGCCGUGUCUUGGUAAGGCUGGGAGAGACACCCCUGCCUCUAACCCUGGAGAGCUGCUGCCGGUCAGUGAAGAUAGUUCUCAGCUAGAUUGGGCCAAGCAGGUGAUUGAGCAUCGUCUUAUGUUCCUGUGUGCCUUCCUCCACUCAACAUCUUCCAGGUGCUGCCCAGCUGAUGUGGUUUGAGAAGCUCUACGCCUGGCUACAGUGUGUGGAGAAAUACUUCAUCUACCCAGCUGUGGUGCUCAACGCUCUCACCAUUGAUGCCCACUUGGUCAGCACUCCACGGCAGGACAAGUUCUGCAUCUAGUAAGUCCCACUCCCACGCUGGGCUGCAACUUCAUUGUAUGGUGGCAGGGGCUGCUGUAGUGGACUUUCUCUCCCUCCCUCCCUCCGCUCCUUCUCUCUGUCACCUUCUGCACUUCUGGGUAGAAAGCUGUCUUAAGGGUUCUCUAGUGCCAAAAAUGUUUGCACCAGGAAAACACGACUCCCUAAGACUACAUUUGCACCAUAUAUAUUUGAAACUGUAUGAUACCAGCUUCAACAGUCAUGGCUUUCCCCAAAGAAUUCUGGAAGCUGUAGUUUGUUACAGGUGCAGAGAGCUGUUAGGAGACUCCUUAUUCUCCUUAUGGAGCUGCAAUUCCCAGACUUCCCCGUGAAGAGAGAUAAAUUGUUUAAGCACUCUUGAGAAUUAUAUUUUUCUGUGCGGGGAAUAUAGUGGUCUCUUAACAACCUUCGGCACCCUUAACAAGUCACAGCUCCCGGGAUUUUGGAUGAGGGGGAACCAUGACUGCUUAAAGUGGUAUCAUAGUGUUUAAAAUUAUGUUGUGAAUAUGGUCUUUUCCCACCUGGUGUCUUUCAGAGGUUUUGAACCACAAUUCUGAUCAGCAUGCUAGCUGGGGCUGAUGGCAGCUGUAGCCUAACGUACCUGGGGGGCACCAGGUUGGGGAAAGCUGCUCUAAAUUAUGGCUGUCAGAAAACCCUUGUGUAACUGCAUCAUUUUCAGAAUUUGUUGUGUGCUUGCUGAUCACAGGGAUUGGGUGUGGGUGUGUACUUGGGCCAUGAGUACUGAGAAACUCCACUCGUGCCUCUUCCAACCAUUUUUUGACUUCUGAGAUGUCCAUAUAACUUCCAAGCAAAGGGUAGCAAAUAAUCAGCCUAAUAAGCCAAUAUCCUUAAGCAUACUGAAUUUGCAAUAUGAAAUCCUGUGCUUGCUCACCAUUUGCGCAGAAUGAUCUAAUAGCAUUGGCCGCCAAGACUGGAUUUUUGUGUGUGUACUUCUGUUACUGCCCAGGCUGAGGCGUUGGCGCUGAACUGAAAGCGUGUGCUUAUGUGUGUGUUUAAGUGAGUUUCUAGCUGUUGCGUUUAUGAAGCUGUGCUUUGAACGUCAGUGGGCUGUGCCUGGCAGAAUCUCAGAAGCCAGAGCGUACCGGGAGGGUGGGGGACUGAGGGGAACUUUUGUGUCUGCAUUUGGCUCUUUGGUUCUCCCAAUGAAUAGCAGGAGCGGUGUGCAUAGCCUGCAGAAAAGCAUUUUGCAGAAGCGUUGCACGAUUCAUUUGUGAUCAGAAAUCAUGAACACUGGGCUCCAAAUGCCUUUGGCUAGCAAUAAACUUUUAAGAACCUUGGGUUUCCCUUUUUAUUUUUAUUUUUGCUGGCUGUAGAGGACAGAUGCACGAGUAACAUAUUCUCUCUUCUUUUCCCUUUCCCUGCCUCCCUCCCCUCUAAUCCCAGUUGCCGAGCCCUCCUCAUCACCAUUGCUGGCAUGAAACUUCUGCGCUGCUCCUUCUGCUGCCCCCCUCAGCAGUACGUCGCCCUGGGCUUCACUGUCCUCUUCUUCCAGUUUGACUACAAGCAGUACUCCGAGGGCUUCCUCACCGACUACUUUGUCAUGUCCAUCCUCUUUAGCAAGGUGGGUGCUGACCUGAACCCCCCUCUCCUGUCAGGAAGAGAGUCCUGGAAUCAUAGAGUUGGAAGGAACCCUGAGGAUCAUUCCUGCAAUGUAGGAAUAUGUAGCUCUCCCAUACGGCGAUCGAACCUGCAACCUAAGCAUUAUCAGCACCGCGCUCUAACCAGUCCUUAGACUGUGGCAGAACAGGCAGGUUUGCUUGGGGUCCAAGGGACUAGGAGAAUGCAUUGCAGUGCCUUCCUCUGAUUUGGUGCCAUUCAUUUGGGAAGUGAUAGCAGAUCUUCUAUGAACUAAUAUCAAACUCCUUCUCUGAGUGUGAAUUCUUUAUUUUUUUCAUUCAUUCAUUUAAUUGAUUUCUGUUUCUCCUUGGAGCUCAUUUGUGGUUUCCCCUCCUCCCCAUUUUAUCCCCACAACAACUCUGUCAGGUAGGCUAGGCUAAGACAGCCAAUGGCCCAAGGUCACCACCCAGUGAGCUCCAUUGCUUACAAAAAGAGCAAAUUUGAACUUUGGUCUCCCAGGUCCCUAGUCCAGCACUCUAAACACUGCACGACACUGGCUUUUACAUAGCCAAAAGAAAUUCCACUGUCCUUUCACAGCAAGGAAGUAUCACCAGGCUCAGGAGAACUCAAAAGUUUGCAGAAGCAUAAGAAAUGGAAGGAGGGGUCCCUCCAACAGCCCAAAGUAGAAUUGAGUGUGGCUCAGUGGAAUGCUAGCUGACUUAGGGGAGGGGAAAUGGAUGGUGUGGGAAAGGUGAAUGGAAUGGAGUGUCCUGCAAGGUGGCACGGCUAGCUGGUUGGCUGGAGCUAUGAAUUGGAGCACUUUGUACUGCAACCUUCUGUUGCAGAUAUCACUGGUAUCCAGUGGCUGGCUCCAUUCUUGCAAUUGAGGAACUGGCUCGUUCUAACACGGCAGUCCCUAUUUGUGUCCUGCGCUCCUGUGUUUAGAUUGCCUUCUGUUUAUUUACUGAUUGGUUGGUUUUAUUUUUAUUUUUCAGUAGAUUUGUGGCCUGCUUUUCAACUGGCAUUCCCAAGGCAGUUCGCAACAUAAAAAAAAUUGCAGUAAACCCAUUAGCCGCCUUACAGUUUAAACAAAGGGAAACCAAAGGUUUCUGCUGCUGUUUUUAACCAUUUGUACCUCUCAUUCCUUUUCAGUGUAUUGAGGGAACCCAAAAGUUUUGGGUUACCCUGUCCAGAGGACUGCAUAAUCAUUGUCACCCGCUAUCUGGAAGGGCUUUUUAUCUUCUUUACCCAGUAUAGAGCCAAUCCCUGGCAGCAUAGCAAAUCACAAAGGAAGGAAGGAGUUUGGAAAGUGGCAUGCAGCGCAGUCUUUGACGAGGAGUGUCUGGUGCAGGUCAAAGAGGAGGGGCAGGGGAGGAGGACAGGCAGGGACUCCACAGAUUGUGGACCAACCCAUUGGGAAUAGGGAAGGUGACCCAAGACUUAUGAUGGGCAAUUUUUCCUUUAUCAAAUUCAGGUGGGUCCUAUCCUUUAGCCAUCCCAGUCUGCUCCCUCUCCUCUCUGAUCCACUAGUCUCUACUGCUGGACUGAGCUCCAUGUGGGUAAACUUCUCUGUUCUUCUUUUCCCGCACCCCAUCCCCUCUCCAGCUGUGGGACCUCUUAUACAAGCUCCGGUUUGUGCUCACCUACAUCGCCCCCUGGCAGAUCACAUGGGGCUCUGCUUUCCACGCCUUCGCUCAGCCGUUCGCCGUACCUCGUAUCCUUUUCCUAUUGCGACAGCCAAGGGGUGGAGGUGGAAGGCAGCGCGUUCAGAGUUUUCCUCAGUAAUAGUCAAUUCAUUUCAUGAAAUUUACUUGGCGGAGGAACGCUCGAGUGUUUUACAAAUGAUGAGUGAUGCAAACGGAAAUAAUUCCCCCUACUCCGUUUCUGUCCUCCGCUCUCAACACAACCCCUGACAUCCAACAGGAGUGGCAGCAGACUCGGGACUGCACAUUUAACCAGUGGGAUUCACUGCCACAUGAUGAUCUGGUGGGCAGCAUAAGCUGCUUCUAGGAAGAUUCAAUUCGUCAGUGACUCAGUAGCUUGAAUUAGAGCAGCCAUGGUCAACAUUUUUACUUGUUUCCUGUUAUCUAUACCCCCAGCUUUCCUUCAAGGAGUUCAGCAUGGUUCUCUGCCUCUCUGUUUGAUCCCCAAAGCAGCUCUGUGACGUAGGUUAGGCUGAGAGAGGCAGUGACUGGCCCAAGGUUGCCCAUUGAGCUUCCUGGCUGAGUGUGGGUGUGAACCCUGGUCUCCCAGAUCCCAGUGCAUCACUCUCACUCCUACAGCACCCUGUUUUGGUGAAUGCUGCAGACAGAGAGCAGGUGGCUGGCUGUAACUUUCAGCACCUGGGGUGUGCUGACAUUGGACGCUGAACCAGCAGCAAGAGUAGCCGGGUAUUUGACUUUGUCCUUUUUGAACUUGAUGCUGACGUUUCCUUGACUGCUGCCUGCCUGUCCAGACUCUGCAAUGCUGUUUGUCCAGGCUGUCCUAUCUGCUCUGUUCUCCACCCCUCUCAACCCGCUGCUGGGCAGCGCCGUCUUCAUCAUGUCCUACGCUCGCCCCGUCAAGUUUUGGGAGCGCGACUACAAGUGAGUGCCGAGCAUGUUGCAGGGAGACCCUGGAGCCAAUCUCCCUUGCCACUCAGCCGCUAAUAGUAAUGAUAAUAGUAAUAAUAAUAAUAUUAAUAAUAAUAAUAAUGGGUUUCCCCAGCCACUCUGGGCAGCUUCCAGCAAAAUACAAUAAUUAAUGAAAUAUUGGAAACUUCUCUAAGCAGGGCUGCUUUCAGAUGUCUUCUAAAAUUCAGACAGUUUUUUAUUUCUUUGACAUCUGAUGGAAGGGCGUUCCACGGGGCGGGCGCCACUACCGAGAAGGCCCUCUGCCUGGUUCCCUGUAACUUCGCUUCUCGCAUUGAGCUCUGGACCUCAGUGUCCGGGCAGAACGAUGGGGGUGGAGACGCUCCUUCAAGUAUACUGGGCCAAGGCCGUUUAGGGCUUUAAAGGUCAGCACCAACACUUUGAAUUGUGCUCAGAAACAUACUGGGAGCCAAUGUAGGUCCUUCAGGACUGGUGUUAUGUGGUCUCGGCAGCCACUCACAGUCACCAGUCUAGCUGCCGCAUUCUGUAUUAGUUGUAGUUUCCGGGUCACCUUCAAAGGUAGCCCCACAUAGAGCACAUUGCAGUAGUCCAAGCGGGAGAUAACCAGAGCAUGUACCACUCUGGCGAGACAAUCCAUGGGCAGGUAGAGUCUCAGUCUGCGUACCAGAUGGAGCUGAUAUAGACAACUGCCCUGGACGCAGAAUUGAGCUGCGCGUCCAUGGACAGCUGUGAGUUCAAAAUGACUCCAGAGUGAGCUUUCUACAAUAGGGACGUAAACGUUGUCUUGUAUGGAGACAGCUCUUUGGUCCAUCUAGCCCAGCAUUGUCUACCCCAGGGGUGGGGAACUCCCAUCAUCCCUCAUCACUGGCCAUGCUGGCCAGGGCCCAUGGGAGUUGUAGUCCAGGUUCCCCACUCUUGGUCUACACCAAGCAGUCUCCAGCUGUUUGGGGACUACAAUUCCCAUCAUCCCUGACCACUGGUCCUGCUAGCUAGGGAUGAUGGGAGUUGUAGUCCCAACAACCACUGGAGAUCCAAGUUUGGGAAACUGGCAGUGGCUCUGUCUGUUUAGAGUUUCAAGUAGGAGACAAUUCCCAGCCCUACCUGGAGAUGCCAGGGACGCAACCCAGAACCUCCUGCUUGCAAAGGGAUUCCUCCGGCAUUGAGCUACAGCCCUUCCUCACUGGAUCACAGGGUCCAUACUCUUGGCCAGGACCACAUUCCUGCUGAUUGUGGGUGGGACUGGAUCCAGGGGUGGGCAGGCCAGAGCCAGAAGUGGGUGAACUGCCCCCUUUUGUCUCCCUCCCUGUCCCGGGGGCUGCUGUGGGAAAACUCAGAAGGUCCGAACUGAUUACUUGCAAAGACAUUUCUAAGUUAGGCUGAGGACCACAGGUUGCUCCCCCUCUUGUCUAAUCUCUCUCCUUCCUUCUCAGCACCAAGAGAGUUGACCAUUCCAACACCCGACUGGCCACGCAGCUUGACCGCAACCCAGGUGUGUUUCCAGGGGUGGCCCCCUACUGGAGAGCUUGAGGCUGACAGCAGGUCGGGGAUUGGCACAGAACUCCGGCUCCUAGUCCAUUUCUUAUGUCAGUCUGGUCUAAAAAAAGCCACUGUAACAUAAGAGUAAAUCUUGUGCUUUAGUUCUGUGGCUGUUUUCCAGCUCUCCGUCCACCUUUCUGUGUAAAUCCACACAUUUAAAAUGAUUUUGCAGUGCAAUCCUAAGUGUGCUUUCCUGUAAAGGAAAUCCCACAGCCUUCCAUGGGUCUGACUAAUAAGUGCUGUUUCGUAUCCAGACAUUGCCGGCUCAAAAGACUAAAGGCCAUAUUAGAUGUCCCUUUUGUGCAGCCACAGAGGAAGUUUGAAUUUGAUGGGCAUAAUGAUGGGAGGUGAUUAAUGCUUUUUCCACAAGUCACCUGUCCCUGGGCUACAGUUCCUUGCUGCAAGAGCAGGACCCAUCCGCUAUGCCUCGUGUCUCUGCCUCUGCUUAUAAACAUAGGCACUUCCCAGGCUAAAGCGCAGUACGGUUGAUAAAAGAGCCAGUGCGCUGCUUAAAUGGAGUGUGAAUGCCACAAGGUAGUCAUAAGGGCACAUAGGAAGCUGACUUACAUCCUGUCAGACUAAUUUUCUGUCUAGCCCAGUAUUGCUGAUUCUGGCUGGCAGCAGCUCUCCAGGGUGUGAGAGGGAACCUUCCCUAGUCCUGCUGCGUCAGAUGGCAGGGACUGAUCCUGCAGCCCUUUGCCCACAAAGCAGGGGCUCUAUCUUUGAGCUGCAGUCCCCAUCCCUGAAGACAGGAGACUGCCUUACGCUGAGUCAGGGUCUUUGACCGUCAGCCCAGUGACACUGGCUGGCAGUGGCUCCUUGUGGUCUUGGGCAGAGAUAAGUUCUCAUUGGCUGAUUCAUUUAAAUGGAGAAGCUUUCCGGGAGUCUCUUGGGUGCAAAGCAGGCGCUGCAACACUUGAGCUGCCAUGGAAGCCAGCAGUAGUCAUGCACCAUGGGCAAAGAAAACCCCCUCCCCUCCUUUGCCCAAAUCACUAGCCUGCCUGUUGUGGAGGGAAGCCCUUCUGGGUCCCGAAUGAUGAGGGUAGAGUUGGGAAUCCAACAUCUGGAAGGCUGCUCCUCUCUGCCUCCCCUGUGCUUUUGCUACGUAUUUGUGCUCAUAUGGUUUGCCCCGAUUUGCAGGCGCCGAUGACAACAACCUGAACUCCAUCUUCUACGAGCACCUGACACGCUCCUUGCAGCACACACUCUGUGGGGACCUGAUCCUGGGGCGCUGGGGCAACUACACCACAGGGGACUGUUUUAUCCUGGCCUCGGACUACCUGAACGCCCUUGUGCACCUCAUCGAGAUUGGCAACGGCUUGGUGACCUUCCAGCUGCGGGGCCUCGAGUUUCGCGGUAAGUCAGCAGGGAGGCCAAAGUGAUGGGGAAGCCCAUGAUCUUCCUGCUGAAUCUUCCUGGGACAGAAGACUGCUCCUGGGGCUGUUUGUGGGAUCCAAUGGGAAAUGUAAUCCAAAACAUUUGGAGGGCCCCAGAAGACUGGAUUACAGCUUCCACCUUCCCUGACGGUUGGCUACACUGGCUGGAGCUGAUGGGAGAUGGACGCCCAACAUCUGGGUCUCUACACAUGGGCUGUCCCUGCUCCAUAUUGUCUCACACACACACACACCAGGUUUCAGUAAUGGUCUUUCCCGGCCUUGCCAGGAGAUGCUGGGAAUUGAACCUGGGACAUUUUGGCCUUUGAAAUCUGGUCAUAGGAAGCUUCUUUAUAUCAAGUCAGACUUGAUUUGCCCAUUCAGCCUUCCAGUAUUGCCUACUGCAGCCUUCUGCAACCUGGUGCCAUCCAGAUGUUUUGGACUGCAAAUCCCAUCAGCCCUAGCCAGCUUGGCCAGUGGUCAAGGAUAAUGGGAGUUGAGGUCCAAAACACCUGUAGGUAACUAGGGUGCAGAAGGCUGGCCGUUGUUGUUGUUGUUGUUGUUGUUGUUGUUGUUGUUGUUAUGGCGGUUGUUCGACAGUGGAACAGUCACCCUCAGGAGGUUAUGGACUCUCCUUCUUUGGAGGUUUUUAUGCAGAGGUUGGACGGCCAUCUGUCAUGGAUGCUUUAGCUGAGAUUCCUGCAUUGCAAGGGGUUGGACUAGAUGACCCUUUGUGUUCCUUCCAACUCUGUGUUUCUAUGAUUCUAUUAUUAUUAUUAAAAUUUAUUACCCACCUUCCAGCAGGUCCCAGGGUGGGUUACAACAAUCCUAAGAUUCAGAAUUAAGAACAGUUAAAAUACUGUCACUAACUAGUAGCGGGUCGCAGCAGAGAAAGGGCUUUUUCCCAUCCUCUGCCUCCUGGUUCUCUUUUAAGUGGAGAUACCAGAGUUGCCACUGAGCUCCAUCCUUGCAUCUAGCCUGUAGGCUGGAGGUAGGCAACACGCCAGCCCAGAGGUGGAAUCAGCCAACCCCAUCAAUUUUGAUGGCAGCAGCGCAGGCAAACAAAAUUAAGAGACUGUUGUUGAGAGGUUUAGAACCCUCUGUGCUGUGAUGCGAGUCGCCAGUGAUCCCCCUCCCUAGGCAUUAGAUUGGCUAUUUCAUGAGCAAGGAGGGGGCAGUAGCCCUUCUCCUCAACUUAUCUGCAAGGAUCUCUGUGUUCUUGUUUAAGUGUGGGCUCAGAUCUCCUGCUGUCAAGGUGACUAUGGCCCAUGGGCCACAGAGAGGUCAGUGCCUGCUGCCACAGACUGACGUGCAGGCUGCCCUUUCUUUUCCAGGUACCUACUGCCAGCAGCGAGAGGUGGAAGCCAUCACGGAGGGGGUGGAGGAGGACGAGGGCUGCUGCUGCUGCGAGCCGGGCCACCUGCCGCGCAUGCUGAGCUUCAACGCAGCCUUUGGGCAGCGCUGGCUGGCCUGGGAGGUGGCUGCCACCAAGUACGUCCUGGAGGGCUACAGCAUCAGCGACAACAACGCCGCCUCCAUGCUCCAGGUCUUCGAUCUUCGGAAGAUCCUCAUCACUUACUACGUCAAGGUGAACCUCGUUGCCCAAGAGGGGAGAUCUGUACUACUGCACUUCUGGGUUGUUAGUAAUGGUUGUUACGUCACAAUAGUUUUAUUUUUCUAAAAAUGAAAAGGUUGGUUGAAAGAGGUUGGUGCCUUCAGCAGGCACCGGAAAAGCAACAGAGUUGGUCGGUGCUGUUUUUCUAGAAAAAGAGGUGCUGGGACUCACCAGGAACAUCUCCCUCAUUCUUUUAGAAUGGCAAUGGCGCCCACCUGAGAAGUGCUGGAACUGAGUUCCGGGGGGAGCCCUGGAAACAAUGCAUAUCUGAUAUUUACCAUACAGAAUUCCCAAAGGAAUUGGUUGGUAUUAGGGGGUCCCCUUUUCCGGUUGCAUUUGAACAGUGAAAUCUCCGCCUAACAAGCCAACAGGCAUGAGCUUCAUACAGUCACUUUGGUCUUAGGAAUGAGGCCUUUAAUGUAGAACUUUCCCCCCAUCCUUGUAUCAGACAGAUGCCGCCUCUGUUAACUUUCUGGUGCCUCUUGAAGACCUUCCUUUUCCAACAAGCCUUUUAAAUUGAGGUUUUUCUCCCAGUCUAAUAUUGUUUUUUGUUGAUGUUUUUAUUGUUGGUUCAUUGGAAUCAUAAAUAAAACAGAAGUUUGGAGCAGGGUUUCCCAAACUUAGGUCUCUAUCUGUUUUGGAACUACAGUUCCCAUCAUCCUUGACCACGGGUCCUGCUAGCUAGGGAUGAUGGGAGUUGUAGUCCCAGAACAGCUGGAGAGAGGCCCAAGUUUGGGAAACCCUGGUUUAGAGAAACAGUCACAGAAAGUCUUGUGGCAUGCAGACAUCCCUCCCCUUCCAUCCUUUGUGAUCACCUCCACCUUCCCUUUGGCAGAGCAUCAUCUACUAUGUGACUGGCUCUCCAAAGCUCGAGGAGUGGCUGGGCAACGAGGGGAUCCAGGAGGCCCUCCGCCCCUGUACCUCUCUGAACUACGCAGACAGCGACCCCACCUUCAACCUCAACAUAGAUGAGGAUUACGAUCACCGCAUGGCAGGCAUCACCCUGGCUUCCUUCUGCAACAUCUACCUCGACUGGAUCCAGUACUGUGCUAGCCGCAGGGAGAAGGUGAGUCAUGGGCUGUUGUAGGAGAGAAAUGGUUGCUCCCUCUCUGGAAAAAGGAGGUGCCUGGCGUUCCACCUGGUUCUCCUGGAAGUCUUCCCAAACCCCCAAUGUAUGUGGGCUGCUCAGAGUCUUCCUGAGAUGGAAUAAUUAGUAACAAUAACUUUAUUAUUUAAAUGCCGCCCAUCUGAGUCUCCCUCUCCUGCUGCAACAAACUGUCCUCCACCCUGGUCUCCAAGAACAAGCAGCAUAAUGAGGAGGUCAAAACAGAGACCAGAUGUGUGCAGACACAGUUUGUGACUGCUUGGGAAACAUCUGGGAGAGGAGGAGCCUUCAAAGGGGUGGAAGGUUGGGACCUUCAGUCUUGGCAGCUGCUCUAUAAGGGCAAGAAUUGUUGCUGAGCUGCAGGCCGUUUCCUUGAAUAAAGGACACUGACAACCGACUCUGCUUCUUCGUGCUGACCUGCAACUGACUCCAGCCCUUACAAAUGCAGUUUCUGUGCAUGGUCCCCGUUCUGCCUCCCAUGCCUCUGUGUGUCUUUUCUUUCUUUCUUUGCAGCCGGUGGACCGGGAGUGGAACUCCCCUCUGGUCACCCUGUGCUUUGGGCUCUGUAUCCUGGGGCGCCGGGCCUUGGGCACUGCCUCCCACAGCAUGUCAGCCAGGUGAGACCAGCCCCAGACAUGCCUCCUCCCCACCCUCUGUGUUAAGAACCCCAGUGUAGGUUUGAUUGGAAUGCUUUGCCACAUGGGUUUAUAUUAUUGUUUGCCUAGCGAGGCAGCAUAUCAGUUUGUAUAAUAAUGAUGGUGGUGGUGGUGGUGGUGGUGGUGGUGAUGAUGAGGAUUCAGUUGUACCUCGGAUCUCAAACACCUUGGUACUCGAACGUUUUGGCUCCUGAACACCACAAACCCGGAAGUGACUGUUUCAGUUUGUGAAUGUUCUUUGGAACCCGAAUGUCCGACGGGGGUUCCACAGCUUCUGUUUGGCUACAGGAGUUUCUUGCAGCCAAUCAGAACCCACACUUUGGUUUCCAAACGUUUUGGAAGUCAAACGGACUUCCAGAACGGAUUCCGUUUGACUUCCAAGGUGCGACUGUAUAGGGAACAACUGCUAAAGACUCCUGCUUGUGUGGCCUGCCUGAAAAACAUAGCUCAGUCUCUUAAUCUAAGGCUUUUAAUCUUAAUCAUGGCAUGAGCCUCUUAAUUUUAGGAUUGUAGGUUCGAGCCCCACAUUGGGCAAAACAAUUCCUACGUUGCAGGGGGUUGGACUGGAUAAUAAUAAUUUUUAUUAUUUGUACCCCACCCAUCUGACUGGGUUUCCCCAGUCCCUUCCAACUCUGCAAUUCCGUGAUUCCUCCCUUCCUCCCUCCCUCCUUCUUUCUCUGCAGCCUGGAGCCCUUCCUGUACGGCCUGCAUGCACUGUUCAAGGGGGACUUCCGAAUCACAUCACCCCGCGAUGAGUGGGUCUUUGCUGACAUGGACCUGCUGCAUCACGUGGUGGCACCCGGAGUGCGCAUGUCACUCAAGCUACACCAGGUGUGCCUUUGCCCCAACCACGUAAUUAAGUAGGAGCAUUGGAAGCUGCCAUACAGAGCCAGGUCAUGUCGUGGACUGGCUGGAGGCAGGGGAGUGGUGGGAGAAACCAGCUGGGGAAUCCCUAAGGGAACCCCCAGGGGAAGAAGGCUCAGAGCCAGGGGUGCUCCUUCCCUGUCUCACCCCUUGCAAUAUAGCAUUGCCUCUCCUCCUCUUCAAGGACCAUUUCACCUCCCCGGACGAGUACGACGACCCAGCCGUGUUGUACGACGCCAUACGGUCGAACGAGGAGAAGAUGGUGAUCUCGCACGAGGGCGACCCCGCUUGGCGCAGUGCCAUCCUCACCAACACACCCGCCCUGCUGGCCCUGCGCCACGUGAUGGAUGACGCCAGCGACGAGUACAAGAUUAUCAUGCUCAACAAGCGCUACCUCGGAUUCCGGGUCAUCAAGGUGGGCAAAAGGCUGAGAUUGUGGGAGAUGGAUGGAUUUUCCUCUUUCAUGGGAGUGGGGGAGAAGCUGAGCUCUGUGGUCAGGGAAGUGUGAGGACUCAGGUAGCGAGAAAAGAUUGCCCACGUCAGCAUGGUUCAGGGCAAGCAGAGCCUGAAGCAUCCACACUGGGAAACAAAGACAGACCAGUGUGUUUGGCUUCAUGCAGUGGACUCACCUGGUUUCUCCAGCUCCUAAAAAUAAACUUCAUAGCAGCCUUCCUCAACUUGGUGGACUCCAGCUCCCACCUUCCCUGACCACUGACCACGCUGGCUGAGGCUGAUGGGUGUUGUGGUCCGAAACAUCUUAAGGGCAACAGGCUGGGGAAGUCAGUCCUUUGCAUCAUUUUCACCAUCAGGGUUUUGCUGACUUGUGGAAGCUUUCUGUUGAGUCCCCUUCCAGCAUUUUAGUUGGGCUGGCAAUAGUUGUCCUGUCCACCUUGCACCUUUUUACAGAAGAACAUCCUAGCCUCGGUUAACAUCUCACCCAAAACUGCCUAUAUCUUUCUGUAUACAUAAAAAUAUAAGGUUGUCGUCAUGCAGUCCUCGUUGGAGGAGUUGUAGCACCUCGCCACAUCACAAUACUGCAUUUUCAUGAAGUCAGGGUUUGGUAGGGGAGCAACAGAGAAGGCCGGCAGUUGCACAACACUAGUGGGCAUGGCAUGGGAGUGAAAAGGGAGGAACACUGAUGGGAAAAACAACAGCAGAAGUUAGAGCUGGGCUGGGGAGAAGAAAAGUGUGGUUUUAAACAAUGGCAGAGGUUUGAGUAAAGUACCUUCAUACCGUGGGAUAUUUAGGGGUGGGGUUGGCAAGUAGAACAAGCAGGGGUGCAGCCUUGUGUGUGUACCCAUGCACCCACCCUAGAAUAGCUGUUAAAAUGACCUCAAAAGGGUUUUCCUACAAUGCUUUGGGUGGUGUGAGGAGGCUUGCAAGCAAGAGAGCCUGGAAGUGAGCUGGUGUUGCUCAUCCCCACUCGUCUUUGAGCCUCUGUCUGGAUUACCUGCAAGCGUGUGCCAGCUUGAGCUUGCAUGCCAGGCAUGCCCAGAGGUGCCUUUUGCAGGAAGAGGCAUCUCUGGGGAGACAGACCUGCCUGGAUCCCAACCAGAAGAGCAGCUGGGUGUGUCACUGACUGAACCAGCAGGCGCAGCAAGGCCAAGCAGUUGCAGUGCACCCACAUCCAUUGCUCAGGCAGCGGCCAGAACUUCUACUAUUGGCAUGGGUUCUCCUGGGACUUGUGCAGAGAUUCCGGGUUCAGAAGGUGAAACUGUGCAAAGAAGAGACUGUUGAGGAGCUAAUUUGGGCUUUUGGUGGAUGCCCCUUCGACUCCAUCCUACACCCAGCUCCCGCUCCCAAAGCUGGAAACUUGCGCUGUGUGCUUCUUGCGGAGCAACGCUUUCCUCCCUCCUUCUGUUCCAGGUGAACCGGGAAUGUGUGCGGGGUCUAUGGGCUGGGCAGCAGCAGGAGCUGGUGUUUCUCCGGAACCGGAACCCCGAGCGCGGCAGCAUCCAGAACGCCAAGCAGGCCCUGCGCAACAUGAUCAACUCCUCCUGCGACCAGCCCAUCGGAUACCCCAUCUACGUCUCUCCCCUGACCACUUCGUACGCCGGCAGCCACCCGCAGCUGCGCUCGCUGUGGGGGGGCCCCAUCAGCUUGCACAAUAUCUCCGCUUGGUUCAUACGAAGCUGGGAGAGGUGAGGCUCUCCCUUGUGUUGCAGGAGGCUCCAUGUUUCCCUGUGGCUGGGAUGGGAGAUACUGUGCCCCUCCCAAAUCCUGCGGGCCUCCAGCUAGCAUGGUUAGUGACUAGGGCUGAUGGGAGUUGGAGGUCAGCAACAUCUGGGGGUUUGCAGGUUCCACUCAGCCAUGAAGCUCACGGGGUGACCUUGGGCCAGUCACUGUGUCUCAGCCUAACCUACCUCACAGGGUUGUUGUUGGGGUUAAGUGAGAACCCUGUUCGCCACCUUGAGCUCCUUGGAAAAGAAGGUGGAAUAUAAAUGCAUUUUUUUUAAUUUAAAAAUUUGUUUCUGGUUUUUAAGCAAAUACCUUUAAACAUUCAGUAGUACAUCUGAUGGUGUUUGUUCCAUCCAUUGACUUUGGACAUAAGCUUACACAUUCAGUGCUCAAACAUAUUACUUAACAUAAUCUCUCCACUGCACAGUUGGUAUAACAAAGUCUUGAUUUUGGCCAUUAACAUAGUUUUAAAAAGGGGUACACCUUUCUUGGAAGGUGCCUCUUUUCGUUAUGCCUUUAAUUGCCCUUCUGUGUCUGGCGAGACCCUCAAACAUCGCUGUAUCCCACAUAUUAUUUAUCCAUAUAUUUAGGGUAUUUCAAUCUGGCUCUUCCAUUGUUGAGCAGACCAUGUGGCACUCAGGAAGAAGCCUACUAGUUCUCUGUGGUGCAGGGUGGAGCCUGUUUCUGAAGAUAGCAGGGCAAAGGCAAGAAUAAAUGCAAUCAAUAAAUAAAAUUCAAGGUUGGGGGGGGGUCUUGGCAACUAGAAGGACAGGGUGGGCAGUAACCAGCACAGCUAUUCCCUUUGCUUUGCACCCCCACCUGCUCAACACCUGUCCCAAUUUCAUCCUCUGUUUCACAGGUUGCAGAAAGGCUGUGGGGCUGGUUGCAAUAGCGGAGGGAACAUUGAGGAUUCGGACUGCGGUGGCGGCUCUUCCUCCCUCAGCAAUAAUCCCACCGUGCACGGGUCUCAGGCUCCUGGGAGCACUGCUCACAGUGUGGGCACAGGGGCUGCAAACCCUGCCGAACCGGUCAUCACCACUGCCCAGCCUCAGGCAGGUAAGGAGGACUCUCCCCCCCCCUCAACACAGAUGCGACAUGGCUUUUGGUGAAAGAAUGGGGCAUAAUGGGGGUGAACACAGUGGGUAGGGGUGGGAGUCAGAGAGGACAAGGUUUUGGAAACAGGAGGAGGGCUGGAAUUCCAGCAGAAGGAGAGGCUGCUGGAUGGAAAACCUGCAAUAGCACACACACACACACCACACCUGCAGACACUGUCGUCGUCUUCUUCUUUUUCUUUGUUAAAUAUUUUUUAUUAAUUUUCAGUUACAAAAAUCUAACACAUGCCAUAUUAUAGUAAUACAAAAUAGCAAUACCAAUUCAAAUACAAAUCAAUUACAUAGCCAAAUAUAAAUUUUGUGUGGCUUCCCACGUGCUGUACUUCAAGGUCUGAUUCCCUUUAAUUCUGCCUCCAGACUGUUGCUCGAACCAAAUACAAUCCAUUCUUGAUAAAAUCCCUUAUACCACAGCUACAAUGAUUAACUUCAGUUCGCAUUAACACAUAUAGUAAUUGGUAAAUUCGCAAAUGAAGUUCUCCUUUUUCCUUCCUGUGCGAGGUUUUAACUUCCAUCAAUUGUUCCUUUUGUUCUUUAUCAAAUAUUAUGUCCAAAUUAGUUAUUCCUGAUCUCCUUUGUGCCUUACGGCUUCUGUUGACUGGGAGUUACUCUGGAGAGGUCACUCUCUUUGUUCCCACUGCAGACACUGUCUUUGACCAUGGAAGAAGAACAUAGCCAACUGACAGCCUUUUAAAACAAAAACAAAAUUUUAUUGGUUUUUAAACAUAUAACCAUUAAACAGUUAUCCUUAAGUACAUGUAAUGAUGUUUGUUCUAUCCGUUGAUUUCAGACAUAAACUUACACGCUCAGUGUUCAGGCAUAUUUCUUAAUGUAUAGCCAUUAACAGGCUUAUCCUCCCUGAAUUUUGUCCUAUGCCCUUUCAAUAAGAAGGCUCGGUGUGUGCUCAGGGCUGCUCGUCCCUUGGGGCUUGUCCUGUCACAUUGCUGUGGUGGCCACGUUGCUGUUCUUAUCUCUGCAGAACUAGAGUCCGGCCUUCCUCUUCCUCCGAGCCAAAGCUGGCUGGUCCAGCCCCAGCCGGCAGGCCCCUUGCUGAGCCAGGGCGAAGGACGGCCCCCACCUACGCCGGCUGCAUCGUGGCCCCCCGGUCCGCACUUCUUGGGAAGCCAGCUUUCCUGCACCAGCUCCUUGGCUUCUGUGGCUGAGGGGCCGGGACGUGCCCCUCUGCCUCUCCGCCCGGGGCUCGGGGCCCAUUCCGCCUUUGCCUACGAGGGCCUCUGUGGCAAAUGGAGCCUGCCUAGCCGCAAGGGACUGAACGGGCUGGGCGGGAGCGAGAGCGACGUCCCCCCCGGAACACCCUCACCCCGCACAAAGGACAACGCUGCUCUAUCAUCUCCCGCUGUGGCUGCGCUGGGGACUCCGGGUGUUGGUGGGAGCCCUAAACCUCAGGUGUGUAUCUGCUCACCUCCAUCCAUUUUUAAUAGACUUGCCUUGCCUUUACAGCCUUGCAGAGAGCCAGCAGGAAAGCUUUGCCCUUCAGCUGAAAUUCAGUGGGCUGCCUGCCUGCCUCCCUCCCAGUUAUUUCCCUUCCUCUUUGUACCCUGACAUAUCACAAGAGGGCAGAUGUUUUAAUAGCCUCGUGGAUUCGUAGAGUUGGAAGGGACCCAAGGGUCAUCUAGUCCCAACUCCCUGCAAUGCAGGAAUCUCUGCUAAGGCACUUUGUGUUUUCUUUCAUUGUUAUGACCCAUCCUGGAUCCCGCUGCACAGAAAGAUAUAAAAUUAAGUAAUAAACAAAUGGAUAAAAUGGUGGGAAAUAGCCAGUCUGGUCCCUCUGCAGGACAGCCAGUUCUUUCGAGUUUCUGAAAUAACAUGGAAUUGGUCUUCAGCCAUUGUCCCUUCUGCCUGUUCUAUAAACAUCUACCCAGUGUUCUUUGGGAAUUCUAAGAAACUGAAAGAUCAGUGCCAUUUCGAAAGGUCUGUCCGCCAUCUUGAUCCAAAAUGGCACCCAAUUCAUCCAAGCAUGGAUAAGAACCUGCUGCUUGAUCUCAGGAACCAUCAGGCAAAAGCUUGGUUACGAUAAGGAGGCAGCUGGCCAACAGCAUGUCACACCAUUGUUAAAACAUCUGCACAGGCUGCCCAUCUGCUGCUGAGCCAGGCUUAAGGUCCUUGUGUUAAUUUACAAAGCCCCCAACCACUUAAGUCCAGCAUUCAAAAUUCGCCAGGCACAUUUUGCACCUGGCUAUCAGCCACUUGCGACCAAGUGAAGACAUCUCCACCAUCUGGAGGUGCAUGCCUGGGGUCUUUGGGUCUUGGCUGUUUUCACACACCAGCAACACAUCCUGUCGAAUUUUAUCUGUUUAUAUUUUAUCCCGAAUGAAUUUCAAGAACCAAAAAGUUGUACUGAAUAUGACUUUUGAGCCACCUGGCCCAAAAAUGACAACUAGGCAUUCCGUUUUGGCAACCAUAACCCUGGUUUAAGAAGCCGUUCGGCACCUAGCUUAUAUACCUGUGUUUCUAACACUGCUUAGGCCCAGGGUAUUCAGGGAUAUCCCAGCUCAAUCACUGAGAUCAUCUAUAGGAGCAUCAUUGGUUGUUCCCCAAAUUGGUGAGGCUCAUUUGACAACAGCAAGAAAUCCUUUAGUCUCAUUGGCCUAGUCCUGUGGAAUGUUCUGCCAAGAAGAGUAUUUUAGUUGUGUAGUAUUUUAGUUUCUAGCCUUUACUUUUAGAUCGCUCUGAUAUCUAACAGAGGAAGGAUGGUUUAAAAAUAUUUUGAUAAAAUAGUCAAAUGUCAAAUUCAGCAUUCUGAAGUCGGAUCGCCAGCCUAGGAAAAGCUGCUCUUCUGUGCUGCCAGCCAGUACCAAUCUUAACUGGUGGGUGGGGCCUACAGCUCAAGUGUGGGGAAUCUGCUCCCUCCCUGCCCCAUACUUGCUGACCACUUGACUCAUGGGAGUUGGAAUCCAACAGUUUGGAAGUCCAACUGAAGACAUUGUUGUCUUAAGCUUUCCCUGUUGUGUGGUCCAAUCCUUUAUGCAAUACGAGGGGUAUACCUGCAGAAGUUGUUUCAUUGCUUUAGAGCUUGUGAAGCCGGCUUUAUUGGCUUUAGAGUUUGUCAAAACGAUUUUAUUGCUCGUGCUUUUGUGCGCUCAUUGUUUAUCGAAUUGAUUUAUAUCCCUCCCUUCCUCCCGAAGGAGCUCAGGGUUGUGGACACAAAGGUGACAAAACAUUAAAACGAUUAGAGCUUUAUUUAGUUACAUCUGCGUUGAUGAAUUUAUGCUGGGAAGUGGCCCAUAUAUAAAGACAAAUAAAUAACCCUUGGAGGGCAGUGCAGGUUCCUCACUCGUGCUUUAGGGGAAUGUUCAGGAGGACCUAAUCUCAGAUAUGAUGGCUAUGGCUAAUGAGAGGAGAGAGAGAGAGAGAGAAAACAAUGAUAUUCUUCCUUCCCCACCCCAGCCAGGUGGCUGGGCUCAGCGUGGUGCCAUCCUUAGCGCUGCAAUCCUCUUAGAGCUAAUGGAAAGCUAUUAGGCCAACUCCCCCUCCCCCAUAAACAACAAGGAGGGGGGUGUAUUUUGAAGGUCAGGAGGAGGAUUUGCCAGCCAUUUGCAGACAGUGUGCAUUGUGGUGUCUGGAUGAAUCCCUUGGGUCCUAACCUUGUCUCCCUCCCCCCAGCUCCAACCACAGCCGCAUUCUCUCCCCUCCCCAACUCUUUGUAGCUCAGGCCCCUUUCUGAGGCCAGUUGGGAUUCUGGUAUUCUUUCCAUUCAAAUCCCCCCAGCGGCGUAAAGAAUCAGAAAGUAUAAUAAUUUUGGUACUGGUUUACAGGGCAAGGUAUUAAAGGGUAAAAAACACACACCCCAGUUUAACCAAAAAAUGGAAUAAUACCAAAGCCUGUCGUUCUCCUUUCCUACUGGAUAAUUUUUAUGCCAAAGGAUGUUUAAGAUGAAAAGUGAAAUCCUAUGCAGGUCUACUCAAAGGUCGUCCCCAUUGAGUUCAGAGGGGCUUAAUCUGUCCUGGGCAGGCUUGUAAUACGAAUCGAGUACUGUUUCUCUAAAUAUGUGAUAUACUAACGUGGACACCUUUCUUUCUUUUCUUUCUCUCUCAGCCCUCUACCCCAGGACCAGUCCCUGAAGCCACCAGCGACUCCACGCCCCCCUUGCCUCUGGAACCAUCAACGACACCUGGAGGGAACUGCAGCCCCCCAGAACCUGCCCCAGUUGUGGCCGAGUGGGAGAGGCAGCGAGAGGAAGAGGAGAGCCCAGCAGCCGUGCAGCCCCUCCUAGAACACCAGUACUGAGUGGGGUGGGGCUGUUUCAUCUUCUACAGAAUUACGGGCUGGUCCCGUUUGACUCUUACUCUGCCGCCCCCCCUUUUUUUUGGGGGGGGGAAUGCACUCUGAUUCCGCUUUCCCUCAUUCAGGACCAUGGACAGCAAUAAGGGGAGUGGGGGCUGCUCCUUUCAUGCCCUGCUACAGCCUUCUGUGCCCCCAUUUCUCGCCUCGCCUCCCUCCUUGCCUGCAGGGGCAGGCUCAGUCUACCCAAAAGGUUAGAGGAGGGGGGAGGACCCCAUGCACUGCCCCCUUUUUCUCUCCCACAACCGCUGCACAGGGACCCACCUUGGACACUAACUUUGUACUAGUGACACUCAAGGACAUUUUUCUUUUCUUUUCUGCCGCUGUUCCUUGGGGAUAUUUUUGUUUGUUUGUUUGUUUUUAUUUUCCUCUUUACCGCCCCCCCCCCAAUCCCUGGAUCCUGGAUUUUUGGUUGGUAUAAAAAUUAAAAAUGCAGGGAAAAAAGACGACAACAGCC